AUGUGGAGGAGCAGCGCCCGCGCCGCCUGGUGAGACGGAAGGGGCGGCCGCCCUGGCAGGGCUGGGGGGGCGGGGAGAGGAAGCCGGAGGCCUCGGGCCUAACCUCUCCCCCCCUGGCCCGGGCGGCGACCUUGCGGGCCCCGACACCGCCGGCCUCCCUGAGGGGGUGGAAUGGCUCCCCUGCGCCCCUCCUUCCCUCCCCCCGAGGGGCUGCACGCGCCCCCUGGGCCUCCCCACAUUGGAGGAAUAUUAAUAUUAAAAUACAAUAUUUGCUUUAAGCCGCCCAGAGUAGCUGGGGAAACCCAGCCAGGUGGGCGGGGUAGAAAUAAUAAAAUUAUUAUUUAGGAUGGUGGUGAUGAUGGAGAAUCAUGUACAAGAAUAAGGACUUGAUCAUUUAUACCCCGCCCCUCGGGCCGCAUGCGCUUCCUAUAUCAGGCAUAGGCAAACUCCGGCCCUCCAGAUGUUUGGGUUCAUAGCUGUCAACUUAGAGAUUUGAAAAUAAGGGAUCAGCAGCCAAAAUAAGGGAUUUUGGCUUAGUUUAUACAGAAAUCCGCCACUGAUGGAGCCAGGCUGCUUUGGCUGCGACUGACUGGGUUUUGCAGGGGGUUGGACUAGAUGAUCCUAAGGGUCUACAACUCCCACCAAAGGAGAGUGGCAGACAAAACUGAUGAACGACGUCGAGAUGGCAAAGCUUACAGGCAGAAUUAGAAACCAGGAAGAGGACCUCUUUAAUAAAGAAUGGGGAAAGGUUAUAAUUUAGUUGAAAAGCUGUUGUCAAGAGUUACAUACAUUGGUAGGAUUGACAGAAAACUUGUAGUAAAAAUCAGAACUAUGGACGGACAAAUGAUUUAUAAAAAUAGAGUUAUGAAAGGGAUGCAGGGGGUGGGAAAUCACUACAUUAAGAUACUGCACUGGUUGGAGGGGAUGCUAAGCAGCACGUCGGGGCUACCGUCGUCCUGGUGCGAGGAGUUCCAUUGGCCCUUCCUGGCCAGAGAAAGAGGGAGGGAGGGAGAGAGACUCACGCCCACACCACCCGCGAGCCCAGCAUGAGGUGGUUGCAGCGCGGCAGCGGCCACUGAAGCGCCGCCCUUCUGCGUCCCUCCCCAUCCCCUCCUCUUCCUCCUCCCUCAGGCCACCUCCGGCUUCCCCUGGCAGCGCAGCGGAAGUCUCGCAAGAGAGGGGCUGCCUGCCCACCUGCUGCCGCCCGUCUCCUCAUGACACACCCCUGAGGGAGCAAAGGGGAGAGAUGGAGACGCGGUAGCUCAUGCGCACGCUCUCUCUCGCGGCGGAGGACACCAAGCCACUGCUUCCCUCCCAAGCCGGGCGAGCAUGAAACCCAGGAAAUUUAAGGGACAGCAGCGGGACAUGGUGUUGGGAUAAGGGAGUUUCCCGCCAAAUAAGGGAUGGUUGACAGCUAUGUUUGGGACUACAAUUCCCAUCAUCCCUGACCACUGGACCUGUAAGCUAGGGAUGAUGGGAAUUGUAGUCCCAAACAUCCGGAGGGCCGGAGUUUGCCUAUGCCUGUCCUAUAUGAAGGCAGGGUGUUUUUUGCUGCUGUUCUUACGUUACGCAUUUUGUGCUUUGACGGUGGAAACCUCCCUGUGGUCUUUGGACGAAGGGCAGCAUAUAAAUUUAACAAAUGACCAUGAUAGAGCCAUAGAAUCGAGGAGUUGGAAGGGGCCCCGGGGGUUCCUCCCAGCCACAACAGCGGAUGCCUUCUGUCUAUAUAAUAAUAAUAAGUAAUAAUAAUAAUUUAUUAUUCCCAGCCUUGGAGCGCCUGCUUUCCUCGCACCUCUGCAGCAAGGAAGCAGCUGGUCCCAAGUUGCAGUGACAUCUACUUUAUUUAGCCAAUGCACGAUUGAAAGGAAUUUUCUGUAUUUCGGUGGCCAUUUAAUUGGGAGUUUUAUAAAGACUUUAAUCUUGCUGUGAUGUUCCUGUAACAGCAAAAGCACGUGGCUGUGUUUUCCUCAUGUCCGGCCAGCUACAUGAGGGCCACGUAGUGGCUUACCUCAUUCCUUACUGCUUAGGACCUAACAAUUGGACUGCCGUGUUAUAAUGUAGGUUUCAGUAUUGGUUAGGUACUGUACCUUAACCAUGAUGUACGUAGAUGAUAACAUAGGAUGACCACUUGUGUGCUUCUCCAUACUCAUAAGUUGCUGAUCCCAGGAUUUCACAGAGACUUGGGUGAGGACUCUGAAACCUGUGAUCUGUGCUCAUGUGAAGGAUGAUGAUGAUGAUAAUAAUAAUAAUAAUAAUAAAAAUUUAUUUAUAUCCCGCCCUCCCCAGCCGAAGCCGGGCUCAGGGCGGCUAACAACAAUAAAACAGUACAAAAGUACAGCACAAACAACACUCUAAAAUCAUUCAUUAUAAAUGAGGAGACCCUCAGCAGAGAGAGCAAUUUCCACAAUCCCACGUAGUUAUUUGUUGGUGCCUCAAGCCUUACCCUUUGCUCCGUUCCCAAUACUCCCCCCCUCCCCCGCCUUGCAACCGGCUACUGAAAAUCUUGUGCUACCUUUUGGGAGUCAGCAGCUGGUGGUUCAGGGACAGCUGGGGAGGGGGGUGCUCAGAAGAAUGGGAUGCUGGUGUGCAGGGUCUGCUUUGAGUAGUUCUGCGGGUGGGAGAUUAGAAUCUUGAUUAAGGCUGGAACAGCGUUGCACGUGCAAAUAAGUUCUUUGUCUUCUCCUUCAGCGUUGUCUGUCAACACCUAGCAAAUGGGACCUAUGGAGUCAGAGGGAAGUCGCCGCUGCAGAAACUGCAUCUCGUUUCCCGGAGUAUUCAUCAUUCCCGCCAUCCUCUUUCCAGAUUUCAAAGGCUGCCGUUACGGAUCUCAGCGCAGCCGUUCUCUGCUCUUAAUCACCUUCCCUUGCGCAGCAGCAAACUCCUCCUUGUAAAGCAUGGAUCCCAGCCCCACAGGACCUUUUGGCUAGCCAGAGUGGCUUCCAGGCUUCUAAAGCUUCGCUAUCUCGUCUUAGGAUCUGCUGUGGGCGGUGGCUACACAGCCAAAAAGGUACUUAGCUCUGGAGUAGUGACUGGUCUGUGCCAUCCGUACGGUGUGUUGGCACAGUGACUCUAGACUCAUUGUCAGAAGAACUAAAGGUUUGGGGAUGGACAGUACACAGUUGUUGAUCUAAGGCAAGGAGGUUGCUUCAUAGAAAGUAAGAUCAGCUACCUUAGUGACAGACUCUGGCAGGAUUUUUUAAAGUGCCUUCAGGGAGUGCCUUUUUCACAGGUGCAGUUGAGCGGUUUGGCUCAGUUGCUGACAGCUGUGCAAGAACCCUUGGACUGCCAAGGGAAGUUGCCUGUGGUUGAGUAACAGUGGAACCCCUGGCCAGCCAAGAUUGACCCUGAUCUAGGAAGUGGGUUCUCAUCUUGCAAACACAGACUUAUGCAAAUGGUGCAAAAGGACAAUGAAAGAGUUACCAAAUUCCUAGCUGAUAUUCCUUCAGAUCCAGGAGUGGAAUAGGGUUGCUUUUCAGUGUGGGAAAGCCCCAGCCUUUGCUCCAACCCUCAUCAAAUUUAUGCCAGCCUCUUACUUUUCCUGGGGGCUCUCCUUGCUCCAGGCCUCUAGACCAGUGUUUCCCAAACUUGGGUCGCCUGCUGUUUUUUGGACUACAACUCCCAUCAUCCCUAGCUAGCAGGAGCAGUGGUCAGGGAUGUAUGGAAUGGUAGUUCAAAAACAGCUGGAAAGUUUAGGAAACACUGCUCUCAACCAUCUUCACGUUUCACCUGGGGUGAAGUGAAAAGAUAGCUUUUCAAGAUGGAGCUAGGUUUCUCUAGGAUGGUGCUCUCUACGUUUCUUCUUCCCUAGUGAUGGUGCCAUGAACUGAUGGCAGGAGAGGGUACCCUUCCUUCCCUUUCUUGCAUGUGAAGCAUCGGUAGAAGUGGAGAAGUCCUCUGGAGUGUUGCUGCUACUUUCUGAAUGGGGAAGUCCCCUUGCCUCCUGCUCCAAGCUGUAGUGGCAUCUCCUAAUUUGAGGUGUGCUGCAAGAAGCAACUUGGUUUUGAUGGUGGUGGAAUCAUGAGAGAUGUGCAGAGGUUGAAGUUGGGAAGGAGAAAGUUUUAUAUUCCCUCUCUCAAUUAUACUCCCUGAAACAGGCAAAGCUCAGGAUUAAAGCAGCUGGAUAAGCCGAUUAUGGUUCUUAUCACCAGGUGGUUAUUGUGGCUGAUGAGAUGAUUUGCAAAUUACAGGAGGGCAAAGAUCUUUCGAGGGCUAUGAGCUGUCCUAUUCUACUUGUGCGUCUGCCUCACUGUGCCGCCAGGGGCUCUUUCACCUAUGAAUUCUAGCUGCCUGUAUUAUGUUUCUUCUGCAACACAGCUCAUAGUUACUCACAGCAGAACCAAAGCACUGGAAAUCUAGCAUUUCUGUCAGCAAAACAAUAUGGUUGCAUUAUGCACAUUAACUUAUCAGUAAAGCAAACACACUUCAAUCUACAAUUGUUAUGCAGUUCAAACACACAGUAAUUUGCAAAGUAGUUUAUUGGGGAGUGCUGCUGAGCAGACAGAACCCCUCUGGGAAGGAGAUUCCUCACCAGGGGCAAAAAGGCACAGCUUGGUUUGACUGGUUUUCUUCUCAGCAUUACAAGGAGCAGAUGGAUGUCUGCCCAAAGGCUGGCAACCUCUAGGCGGCUGCUGCUGCUAUAGUUUCAACCACGGGAAAGGCAGGGCCAGCCAGGUGGUCUUACUCAGCCUUGAGUGAGGAGGAGAAGCACUGAUCAUAUGGAGCUCAGUGAUAAGCCAGUCAGCGAAACAGAGGUGGAGCCUGCGAGGUCAGCGCCCUCCUGGGGCUCUUCGUUGGCCCUUGUCCUGAUCAAAGGGAUCUCCUGCCCAUUUUGCAUGUGAAGUUCCCAGACUCAAAAGGCAACUUGAAAAAGGACCUGGUGCUGAUGAAUUACUUUUUAAAAACAUAAAUGCAACCCAUUGAUUUGGGUAUAUAUGACAAGACAGGGUAUUCUGACUAAACAUUAGGAAGAACAUUCUGUUUGAGAGUGGAAUGGACUCUCUUGGAAGGUGGUGGAGUCACCUUCCUUGGAGGUUUUCAAGCAGUGGUUGGGUGGCCAUCUGUCAGGGAUGCUUCAGUUGAGAUUCCUGCAUUGCAGGGGGUUGAACUAGAUGACCGCAAGGGUCCCAUCUAGUCCAUCUAAUCCUGUUAUUCAGUCAGAAGGCUGGAGGAAGGAAUAGUCUUGUACACGGCAGACUUGCAGUUUUGUUCUAAUCAUCGUAGUAGCUAAUGCAAAUGUUUGUUGAUGUCUUUCUCACUUCUAAUUUAGACAUAUGACCAAUGGAAGGAGAUGGUGCCUGAUCUCACCGAGUACAAGUGGAUUAUUCCUGACUUCAUAUGGGAACUUGAUGAAUACGUUGACCUCGGUUGGUGCCGGCUUUUCAUUUUUCCUCUAAUGCCAAGUUGUUGCGGAACUUUGAUAAUCAUUUACACAGAGGGACAGGCAUCAUUCCUUUCUUCUGGGGAUUAAAAAAAAAUACAUUUCAGAAAUCAAAACGUUUUUAUUGCAUAAUAUUCCCUGCUAUUAUUUAUUUUACUCUCUCCAAAUCUCUGUGUGGCUCAUACUAAAGGAUAUACUCCAGCAGUAAAACAAUGAAAUCCCAUCCAUUUAAAAAAAAUAUUGUUUUGUGUACCACUUUGAGGGGUUUUUUAACAAUCAAGCAGUGUAUUGUUAAAUAGUACAAAAGCACAGAUGGCUUUUCAAGAGUGCAGUUGAGGGUGGGGAGAGGCCAUAACAAAAGCAGAUUAAGAUGCCAGAUGACCGCUUGGUUUGGAGCCUUGGCCUGGCAUGGGAGGUGGGCUCCUUCUUGCUGGGCUGGGAGUAGCACCAUUGUCUUAAGGCAAAUCUUUAAAAAUGUAGUAUAAACACCAACAAUUGGGAAACACUUGCCUGUGAGCGCUCCAAUUGGAGAACAGCCAUUACCAAAGGUGUCAUGGGCUUUGAAGACACUCGAACUCAGGACACAAGGGAGAAACGUGCUAAGAGGAAAGUACGCUUGGCAAACCCUCACGGUGAUCAACUCCCACCCAGAAACCAAUGUCCCCACUGUGGAAGGAUGUGUGGAUCCAGAACUGGCCUCCACAGUCACUUACCGACUCACUGUUAAAACCGUGUUUAUGGGAGACAAUCUGACUCGGCUACGAGGGAUCGCCGAAGAAGAAGAAGAAAACAACAUUGCUAUAAAUGCUUCCUAGGCUCUGGUAUCAGAGUCACGGAGUCAGCCUUUGCCAACAGGGCUGCCCCUGCCUUAACUGUAGCACAGAACUGGUUCCCUUAAAAUGUUUGCAGUGCUGGCCCAGGAGAAUUUAUACUGAGACUUCCUCCUCCUCUUCCUGAUGGCUCGUUGCUUUCAGCCAGCUUCCUUCUGGUCUCCCCAGGAUCUUGCCGCCCUCCUGCUCUGAAGCAGUUUGCCAGGAAACCAGAGUUUCCCCAGAAGUUAACACCUCACUCCCAGGGUUCUGGGGUUUCAGCCUACUGUGUCACUGAUAGGCAUGUUUUCUGUUUUGUGCGAGAAGUAUAAGGAACUGGAGUUUCUGAUUCACUGCCACCUGCUUAGAAACAUGGCCAUCCUUGCUGGUUCAGGGGCCAGACUAAGUCUGUAACUCCUUCAGGAACAAGAUAAUUCUUCCAGCUCUGUUGGCACAAUUCUUACAUUUGGGUCCCAGGAGGUCUGGGUUCAACGGUGUGGCACCUCUGAAGCCAACACCAUCUCUCAGCUGCAGUUUCUCAUUCAUAAAACGAGUUGCACAGGAUACGUUAAAAGUAGUCAGGUGCUUGCAUCUGAAUUGAUAUGUCUCAAAGCUGACUGGGCCCCAUUAAAUGUUGUUAGGAUUCUGACUUCUGUAUGUGUUCAGAGGACUUGCUGUGUAUCGGGAAUGUAUGGUGUAUCAUUUAUGAAACACAUUUAGAAAUCUUCUGCAGUAGAGCUUGCUAAAGAAUAUAAAUAGCCAUUAAGAAAUUCUGAACUGUCCAGGUUAAAGCUAGUAAUAAUUUAAUAAUAAUAAUUUAUAUUUAUACCCCGCCCAUCUGGCCUGGUUUCCCCAGCCACUCCCCAGCUAGGGAGAUGACAGUCUGUUCUUUUUACCUAAAACAACCCCAAGGGGGGCUAACUUUCCCUUUGCUUUUCCUAGAAAAACUUACAAAAGCUCUUCCUGAUUCAGAAGACCUCGCUAAGCUGCUGCCUGAUUUUGACAAGAUUGGAGAGAGCCUCAGAUCACUGUCGGGUUUCCUCACACCUGGUAAGGGAAUUUUUCAUCUGGCUGAGUUAUACAAACCUGCCCUAGUGACGUAAACAGUGUUGGGCUGAAUGUUUGCUUCGCAGUGCCCAGUUCCCCCCCGCCGGGCAGUCUGGGCAUUUAUGCAGACGUGAGCAUCUGAACAUAUUGCCAUGCAUGGGCAGAGGGCUCCUCUGGCUUAGUGGUGGCUGCUGGACAUUUUCAGGGCCCUGCAGUCCUCCCUCCCAGAUUAUCACAUCUGAAGCAGCCGUUUCCAUCGUACUGAGCCUUUGCUAAUGCUUAAGAGGGCCCUGCCUCUGUCACCAACGCCUUCUUGGUUUAGGGACUUGGAGGUUUCUGCCAUUGUGGGGCUACAACUUGCCAGGAAGCGGGCAGCGGCCUCUCUCUGUCUCCUUUCAGCAGUAUUUGCCCUCCCUGAGCAGAUUGCUCUUUGCCCAGGGAGUGGGAUGAAUGUCAGGGACGUACUUGGAAACUAAUGACAAGUAGAUGAGAUCCUCCUAUGUGCUUUCAGAUUUUUUUUAGAAAAAAGUCUAUUGUAAUUUUCACUUCAUUGUGAAUCAUUCUCAACCCACCUGCCUGUAUCCGUUGGCCUGCCAUGUUUGGUAAGUUUGCCAUUCUGUCUGUCUGGCCCUCGCAGUGUCUGAGACGGAAACGUCUCACAUUUGCUUUGCCAUUUGUUUGUAUUUAUAAUUUUUAUUUCCCCCUUUUUGCUGGUUUUCCACAGGUUACAAUUUGAUUAGUGAAGUCAUAGGAGCUUCUGAUCUACUUCUGUUAUUAGGUGUGUAAAAAGCACUUUUUUUACCUGCCCCUUAACAUUCCUCCCCAUCUAAAAAAAUGCUAAAUGCAAUGCAAAGGGGGGGAAACCUGGCAAGUGUAGAAGGGCGUUUUGUCAGUUACAACGGGAUACUUUUAAGUUUUAUGAUUUGAGAAUGCCGUGAAGCUGGUCUGCUAGGUAAGAUGGCUGGUUCUCAUAAAAGUUCUGUUUUUCAACUUGUGCAAACAGCGUUCUUGAGGGAGAGCAGAAGAUCAGUGCUUCAUGUGCAUCCUUCAUUUUAAAACUUUCAGUUGUUUGCAUAAAGGAAAACCUUUUGCUGCACCCAUUGACAGACUGGCAGUCCCUUCCCCUGCCACAGUUAGGGGUAUGUCUGACACACUCACACCUGCCUGCCUGCCUGCCUGCCUGAAUGUUGAGCACGCCACACUAGCCUUGGCAGUGAAUUCCUGCUCCAUCAGCAGAGAUACUUCCUGUGAAUAUAGCUGAGGGUGACUGCAGUGACCUCUGUGUUCCCUCUGUUGUACUGCAUAUUCACUACCCCAGCAAACAAGCAAGCCUUGCUUUAGAUCAUGUGCAGGCAAACUAAGGCCCAGGGGCCGGAUGCGGCCCAGUCACCUUCUAAAUCUGGCCCGCGGACGGUCCGGGAAUCAGCGUGUUUCUACAUGAGUAGAAUGUGUCCUUUUAUUUAAAAUGCAUCUCUGGGUUAUUUGUGGGGCCUGCCUGGUGUUCUUAUAUGAGUAGACUGUGUGCUUUUAUUUAAAACACAUCUCUGGGUUCUUUGUGGGGCAUAGGAAUUCGUUCAUUCCCCCCCCCCAAAUAUAGUCCAGCCCCCCACAAGGUCUGAGGGACAGUGGACCAGCCCCCUGCUGAAAAAGUUUGCUGACCCCUGCUUUAGAUCUCUCCAUAUGUGUGUAUGUGGGGGCAGAUUCUUGUGUACCAGGGAGAGGAAGAACAGACUUGCAUUAAGAGCCUUUGUUCUUUUUGUGACGUGUGCCACGUGAUGCGAGUCCUUCCUCCUCCUUCCCAGGUUCUCCCAGGGACACGGCUUUCCGAGCUACGGAACAGGGAAGUGAAGCUGAGAAGCAAUACAAGAAGGUAAGCUUGGAAGGAGAACUGCUCACCUAUGUGGCAAACAAACGUAAGGAAAUUGCAGGCCAGGGGUAGGAAAUGUGUAGCUGGACUGCAGCUCCUGUCUCCACCCCGACACCAUUGGCCAUGUGGCCGCUGACCCUGACGUAAGUCAAAGUCCAGCAGCUUCUGCAGGGCAACACGUUAGUCAGGUCAGAAAUCCGUGGGACGCGUCUGCUUUGAAAACUCAGGCCUGGCCGUACUUGGUGUAUGGAGCAAUUUCCAACCGUCAGUGUUUCAACCAAGACUUCCCACAUUGUCAGAAGGAGCCUCCGGAGUUAAGAGAACUACUGCUUUAAAUUUCUAGCUGGUCAUAUGCAACCCAACCAGAAGUGCAUCAACUUGUGUGUCUCAUUUUCUAACGCGCUCCAUUCUCAGGUGGAUAGCCAUCUUUUAGAAACACAGCAAUAAAACUGGCAAGGUGAAAUGCCCAACUAAAAUACUAAGCAUUGUGGAUGCACCAAAAUUAAUCCCCACCUGCUUUACCCAUGUUAUUAAAUGCUGGCCAAUUCAGUGCAGAUCUUUCAGCACUCGUGGAAAUGCUCAAGCUCAGGCAAGCUUCCAAAGGGAGGGAUCUCUGCUGCCUUUGCUGUUUGGCCUUGACGCCUAGGUGGAGUCACAGGGAUGGCCUUGCUGGUCAGUCUUCCUUGUCCCAGUGGCAUGGAGUGAAAGAGGCAGCCUCAAGGAUAUGGAAGACUCAAGCAGUUUCAGCAUUUACAGGCUACAGCAGCAACUUGAGCCGUGACACAGGCAUACGAUGAGGCCUGCUAGAUCAGACCAAAGGCUCAUCCAGUCCAGAUUUCUUUUCUUGCAGCAGCCAACCAGAUGCUUAUGGGAAGCCUGCAAGCAAAACAUUAGUGCAGUAGCCUUCUCGUAAUUGAGGCUCCCAGGCAGUAACUGUGUGGUUUAGGUUAGGCUGGGGGGCUGGGACUGGCCCAAGGUCUCCCAGAACUUCAUGGCUGAGUGGGGAUUUGAACCACCCUGGUCUCCCAGGUCCUGAUCCAGCACUCUAACCACUGCACCCCGUGGUCUAGAUCGUGGGGAGGUGAGCGUGGCUGUUUCCACUCUUCAUCAAGGCCUGUUAAUGUGGAGUAGCCUGUUUGUUUCCGCAUCAUCCUCUCUUGUCAAAUUAGCAAAUAGCCCAGAUACCUUUUACUUAGUUCUGGGCUUGGGGGUUGCCUUGGUUACCCUUUCCCCGCAGUGUCUUAGCACUGAACUGUCGGGGCAAGAGGAACUCUGUCGGAAAAGCAGGAGCAACGUGACUCUAGUGUGUGUGCCGUUAUGUAAUACUUCCGGAAGGCAAAAGAAGCCAGCCCAUCCGCAGGCGGGCGGGCAGGCAGGCACACACGAAACCUGCACACUCCUUCUUACAGGCUGCCUCUGCUGAUAUUCUGUGUGCCUUUGAGGUAGAGCAGUCCUGCUUUUGCUGAUGAGACUUGGUUGCUGUGAUGUUGGAUUUUUAGUUGCUCUCCAUUCAUUCAUGGGCAUAUGUAUAUUGGUCUUUUUAUCUGGAUUUGUUUAGUUUUCGUAAGCUACUCUGAAGACCUUUUUAAUGAAAAUCCAUCUAUACAUUUUCCUGGCAUGUGAUCUUAAAAUGGCCACACCUCAAAGCGAUGGGUUAUGCAAGCAACAUUAGUCAGUUGGAAAGGCUGCUUAGAAGAAUUAGCUCUGGCACAGCAGUCCACCAGAGAGUAAAACUUUCCAUAAAUUCAAGUGAGGUGUCCGAGUGGCAGUUCCAGCCAGAGGAGAGAGCAAAAAUCCCUCUUCAGUUUCUACAGUCUCUUAUGAAACAAGGUUACCUGCACAGAUCCAUGCGCAGGAAGAGCCUUGCAGCUGCUGGAUUAGGCCAGAGGGGGCCCAUCUAGUCCACCCUCCUGUUCUCAUAGUGGUCAUCCAGGUGCCCAGGGCAGGAUUCCCCCAAGCAGGACCCGAGGGCAGAAGCAACGCCCUUCGCCCUUGUGAUUCCCAGCAAGUACCCUUUAGAGCUGGGCAGCCUCCAGUAUUGGAGGUGGUAAACAGUCAUCGCGACUACUUGCCUUAUCCAAGUAGUUGAGUAAAAGGUAAAAGUAAAGGGACCCCUGACCAUUAGGUCCAGUCGUGGCCGACUCUGGGGUUGCGAGGCUCAUCUCGCUUUACUGGCUGUGGGAGCCGGCGUACAGCUUCCGGGUCAUGUGGCCAGCAUGACUAAGCCGCUUCUGGUGCACGGAAACGCCGUUUACCUUCCCGCCGGAGCGGUACCUAUUUAUCUACUUGUACUUGGACGUGCUUUUGAACUGCUAGGUUGGCAGGAGCUGGGACUGAACAACGGGAGCUCACCCGUCAUGGGGAUUCGAACCGCCGACCUUCUGAUCGGCAAGUCCUAGAUUCUGUGGUUUAACCCACAGCGCCACCCACGUCCCUCAGUAGUUGAGUAGAGCCCCUUAAAUUUGCUGCUAGAGAGAUUGUGGAGACGUUUGCUUCUUUCCAAGGGCAAAGGGAAAUGCCAAGUGCUUUCUAGGGAAACUAAACUGUGUUUCAUCCGGGUGGGAAUGGCUGGGUCACAUCCCAACCCCCUGGAAUGCAGGAAUCGCAGUCCCAAGGGCACGGCCACCUCCUUCUGGAUUGCACUCCUGAUCUGUGUGGGAAACUGCAUUUGGGCUUGUGUUCCAAAAUGAUCACUCUUUGCCUUCUCUCUGGCCCUGCAGCUAAAAUAAGGCCACCAGUACUUCGAAAGGCCUGAGAGAUGGUGUCGUGUGGCCGAGAAGUUGUGCUGGUUUUCAUUCUGCCUUUUUGUAGGCCCCCCACCCCACCCCACUUUUUUUCUUAGAAGUUGUUUAUUUGUUCCUGUGGCAUCACCAGUUUUUCACAGGUGAAACUGCAUCAUUUCUGUCUAUGCACUACAACUGUUUGCACGGGUCAACUCUGUUGUAGUUUCCCAGUUUUCAGGAGAGCCUCAUACUUUCCACUACAGAAGCAGAGAAAGUUAGGGAGAAAUUUAGAAGAGACCUUGAGCAAGCAUCGAUUCCUCCUGGUAACAUAGAGGUCUCUCACUAGUGUGAUGCUUGCAGCACCCUUAAGCAUUAUGGGAAUUUUCAGGAGUGGCCAAUAGGAUGGCCAAGACCUCCUGCAACCAUGAAGAUUAAAAGUGUUCUUUCCAAAACAAAUUUGAGCUGGACUCUGAGAUGCUAUAUAUGGUUGUAGGUUGUUCAUAUAUGGCUAAUAAUAAUAAUAAUAAUAAUUUAUUAUUUGUACCCCGCCCAUCUGGCUGGGUUUCCCGAGCCACUCUGGGUGGCUUCCAUAGAAACCAAAAAUACACUAAAAUAUCACACAUUAAAAACUUCCCUGAACAGGGCUGCCUUAAGAUGUCUUCUGAAUGUCAGGUAGUUAUUUAUUGAUAAAAAAGAAUAGCACAUUCACCUCAAUGGAACGCUUGCCUGGGUGUGUCCUGCCGCAUGAUCCCCAGCACUUCCCUUGGCAUCUUACGAGAGGCUGCUUAACUGACCUGCGUCCUUUGAACAAACACGCAGCCUUGACUCUGCCCACCCACCCAAGUCACUCUUGCUUGCUCUGCUCCCCUUCCUUUGAGUUUGUCCCUCCCCUUCCGCCCAGUGAAACGGAGGCUGUUCCAGGAUCUCCUCCCGAUGCAGGUUGCCAGUGAUGGAAUUUGACAAAAGGGCCAUGCACGAAACAGUGUGGUGAUGUAACAUUUGGCUUAUUUUUCGUCAACAAGGGUGUCCUAAUAGAAGGCAGGUUCUCGUUCAGAGCAGUCGCCAAGAUACAGAGCCACUUAGUGGUAGAAGACUGCUAACACGACUGACCUUUUUUUUGUAGUAUAGCAAGGGUCUGUGAACUUUGUUUCUUAAGGAUUCCUGUUCCAGGCCUGUUGUGUUUGUGUUUGCAAAAUGCAUCUCCCUGGAGAGUGCAUUUUGAUUUCAUGUGUACCUUCUUGUCUCUGUGCAUGUGUGUGCUGUGUCCCCACCCUAAAGUAGUUUUCUGGCUAUGGGGCUGUUUAAGAGAGUUCAGAGAAAUGAAAUUAUUACUACUUUUUUGCAAUAUUGGGUCAGUUGUUCAGUUGCAUCUGCACACAUUUGUGGCAUAGCUGAAUUGGGAAGCUGAUGUGUGUAUUUCAGUUUCAUGCUGAAGGCAGGAUCUUCCCAAGUAAGAAAAGAUUCGCUUUCCUUGUUAUUCCACAGCUUCUUGGCUUCUGGGGUUUUAAAAAGCUCUUCAGACAACGCCCAUUUUCUUUUGGCUUGGAUGUUGCCUAUUUCCCUAAGCAGCACUGGGGACAAGGGGACAGGCUGGAGCUCAGGGGCAGAGCGUCUGCCUUGCCUGAGGAAGCUCCCAGGUCUAAUCUCUGGCAUCUCCAGUUCUGGCUGGGUGUCUCCUCUGCCUCCAACCCUGGAGAGCUGCUGCCAGUCUGUGUAGACAAUACUAAGCUAGAUGGACCAAUGCUCAGAGUUGGCACAAGGCAGCAGCUUCCUACAUUCCAGCGACAGUUGUCCCUUAAAAGCACCUGUGUCUUGAUAACACUGUUUAAAACAUCUUUAACUUUAAUUCUGAGAGCCUCCCCAGGCUGCUCUUUCACUGUGGGCGUUUGCAGCUGCACGUUGUGGAUGCAGUAAUAGGACAUUUUUCGCAGCAAACGGCAGGACAGGUGCCAAUCGCAGCUGAAACAGUAUAACCUCCCUGGUAGCAUUGUGAGCGUGAAUUGUCAUGGAUGCACAAUAAAAAGGACAUCUGACGGGAGCCCUAAAUGUCCCUAGGAAGCAGCAGCUGUGGCGCCUCGAUUUCUGUUCCUCUCUUGUUGUGUCUGUGUGAGCCCCCCCUUUUCCGUGCCCCCGCCUGCCUUUGUGUUGCACCCUUUGGUUGACCAUUAUCGCUCCCCUCACCUCCAUAUUUUUCUCCCUUCUCCUCCUCGUUGUAAACUUGCGGCAGGGUCUCCUGGGCGAGCUCAUUCUCUUGCAGCAGCAAAUCCAGCAGCACGAAGAGGAGGAGGCGCGCAGAGCCACUGACCAAUUGGGCCCAGGCUCCUCCCAGCAGAAGCGAAAGGUGAUGACUGAAAGGCACGGGGGGUGCUGUGCAAUUCUUCUCUCACUCCCCCCUCCCCAAAAACCAGUUCUAAUCUAAUGCAAUCCAUCCCGAUCGGACGCUGUGAUUUGAUACCAACCAAUGAAUCCUUGAUUCGACUCUGGUUGUGGGCCCUGGCAGCGAUCUUGCAGCAGUUCCUUGUCUGUGAAAGUUUUCUCACCGCACUGUCUUUCAGCAUGGUGAUUUCUGGGGUUUUAAUGCUGUGAUCAAAACUGAUGUUUGUCGUGGGAAAGAUUUGCACUUAAUUUUGUUUCUGGAACCCCACUAACUUGUUCUACUAACUUUUAACUGAAUAUUCAUAGCCUCAUAGAGCUGAAAGGGACGCGGAGGGUCAUCUAGCCCAAUCUCGGGGAAUGAUUAAAAAAAAUCAGAUUUUUUUAUUUUAAUCAGAUUUUUAAAAUAAGAUGCUUUUGGAGGAAAAACCUUUCUAAAGAUAGUUUUCUACUUAAGUUACAUUAUAGUCCAAAGGCUAUUCAUCAGGAAAUAAGGAUUUGUUUCAAGUUUUUCGUGUGUGCUAAAACUCGAGUCUAAGUUGUGUGUUUUUUUAAUUGUUUAACCAUAUCAGUUAACAAAUAUGGAUACAUAUGCUAUAAUGUUAUUGUUUUAGUUAAAUAAAUUGUUUAAAUUGUUAUUGAAAGGAUUAAUUUUGUCCUUCCAGUAACAGUUAUAAUAAUAUAAACAGUUAACUUAUUAAACCUCACAGUAAUUUAAUAAUUAUCUGUCUAUGUAUUUCUAAUAGUAUAAUCAAAUCAGUACCUUUUGAUAUAAUUGUAAAAACUACUCUGAAAAUUUAUUAUUCCAGAAAUGAAACCUUCAUCUGGUUGUAAAUAUUAAGAUUAUACCAGCGAGAAUGAGUCUGUAAAAAAUGAUAUAAAUCAAGUCUUACUAACUAGUGAGUUAAAUCAUGAUUUGAAUCAAAUCCACCCUGCUUGUGCAGUGCAGGAAUCACAGCCACAACACCCCUGGCAGAGGGAGGGCCACCCAUUGUCAAACGGCUCUAUCAAGGGGACGGUCCCUGCCUAUCUCUCUCUCUGAAUCCCCAGUGCUGGAAAGAAAGGGGAGGGUGGAUGCCUUUAUGAGCUCCCUGGAAGCACCUGGUUGGCCCCUGCUGGAAGUAAGAGAGACCCUUUUUGGUCCGAUCCAGCACAGCUCUCCUCCUCGCACUCUUCUUGGUCAUAAUUUUGAAUAGGGAAAUUGCUUAGGGCAGCUUUUAAGUAGGGGCUGCAAUGGGCUUGCUGGUUUAUAUGACCAAGGUGGGACAUAACCUCUGCUUGUGGGCAAGUUGACAGAGAUAUCCAUUCAUGCUAUGGACUGCAAAUUUGAGCAAUGGGCCUGUGAGACAGAGCCCAUUAUAGACACAACACACAGGUAUUGUGACUUUUCACUGAAGCCCCCUUGGAUGCUAUUUGUGAGUGGGGACCAAAUCCUGUGAAGUCGAGGAGCAGCUGUAGAAAUGGGGAACUGCCAGAAGCAGAAAUGUCUUCAGAAACCAGGAGCGCCUAGGCUUGCUUGCGUUUGGAUCAGUGCCUCAGAAGCCUGCUUGUUCCACGCUGCCGUAUAGUGGCGUCUGCUCAGGCUUUUCCUUGGCUUCUGUGCAGGGAGAGAGUGCUGGCCUUUUCGCUCGGCUGUUGGGAACAGCUUUGCAUGUCCCGCUGUGUGUACAAAGCUGGCUCUGGCUUCAGCACGGAGAAACGUUCUCCGUUGCGCAGAGGUCUGCGUGUGCCAGAGUGCCCUGCAGAGCCGUGGAUUGUGGCCAGCCUGCCCAUGGUGUUGGCAGGAGCUACUGAAAAUGUGACAGCAGCCACAAGGCACAAAGCACGUGUCCUGCACAAGCAGCGAUGGAACGAGCAGGAUCUUGCAGUUGGCCCCUGUGCUGUGUGACAUUCCUGCUCUUUGCUCCUGGUGCCCCCAGACACCUCCGCUUCCCUCCCCAGCCUUCACUAUUUAGAUAAUAGAUGACACGUCUGAUGGGUGUGUCAGUGGCUGCUUCUUUCCUUGCUUUCAUAAAGGACGAUCAACUGCCUCCAUCCUGAGAAUCUAAAAACGUGCAUCACCGGCCUCCCUGGGGCGUGUGUGCCUGCUUCUUUUAUCACCUGCAGCGUUUGGCAAAUAAGUUAGAAUGGGAGGAUUCCAGCUACUUCUCUCAGAAGUUGUCAAACAAAAGUCAGGUCCCUUCAUGUAACACACACACACACAAAGCAAAAGCUCCAGGGUCACAAUAAAAGGCAGUGUGAGCCCACCUCUGCUUUGUGUUCAGAUUCCAAAGGGAAAAGGAGCUCCCCCCAAAAGAAAAGAUCAUUCAUGCACAGAGGUGUGCCCAUGCAUGUGUGCGUGUGAGAGAGAUUAUAUGAGAGCAAAUUAAACAUGCAAGUUUUCACUAGGCAGUUAGUUUUCUCGUGCACCUAACAAACACAGUUCUUGAAGCAGGAAAUUCACCCAUUCUGGGUUUGUUUGAGUGUGCUCAGGCAAGCCUAUUAGUUGCCAGUGGAAGCUGUUAUGUUUUUUGUUUCUUCUUGGUCAUUAAAACCGGACCUUUUACAUGCUCAAAUCGUGUUUAUAAGUUGCUUCCUGUUUCAAAGUAGGACUUCUGGCUGCCCCUUGGGAGAGCGGCCAGCCCUAGAGGCCUGCUGGCAAGUGUUGGCCUUCUUUGAGAUGAGUGGCUGGGCCUCCAGCCCAUCUGCAGGGAAGCGUGUCGCUAGCCAUGUCCAGCAUCCCUUUGUGGGAGCCACAGCCACUCACAUCAGUGUCCUUUCUCUGUCCUCAUGUGCUGGGUGGCAGCUGGGAUGUUUCAAAUCAGGCACUUUUCCACCUUGAGUGUCCUCCGGCUUCUCCUGGACAGCAAAGUUGUUUGUGGCCUAGACUGCCAUUUCUGGAGCCAGAGCAAAAACAGGACUUCCUUUUUUGAUAUAAAAACCAGCUCUUUGUAUAUGUGGAGCAGAACAGAAGGCUUUGCCACACUGGAACAGUUCACUGCAAGACCCAGUUGACCCUGGGGCGUUAGUGGGCUGUGAAGUACAUGGAGCAAAGCCUGGCAGCUAAACGAGGGCUCCUUCCCAAACUCCUGGGUCUUUACUUAUCCUGGCACAUGCCUCCCACCGCUGGGCAUCAGCGCACAUACGAGACCCGCCAAGUUUCAAGGGGCUUCAGCAAAUAACCCUGCGCUUGGGGGCAUCUAGAAUGACGAUUUAACGAAGACUGCACAUGAGGCUGCCUUGCCAAGUAACGUUAUGGGGUUGUAAGGUGAUAGUAAGAAGUGUUGACUUUUCUUUUUAAAGGGGUGAGUGAGUGUACCAGCCAUUAUCUCAAGUAACUUGAAUUAAAGAGAUGCUUCUCCCCUCUCCCCCGACUGAGUCUUUUUCUCUGUCGCUUUGACAAAGAAAACUUGAUUGGAGGUUCUUUUCUUUUUUUUGUCUCCUGAACAUAAAAUAAUCCCAAGACAUUUAUGCUUGUGACUCUUGCAGGUUUCUGACAAAGAAAAGGUAGAUCAGCUGCAAGAAGAACUCCUGCGCACUCAGGUAGGGUGGCCUUGCUGGUGUUACAGUCAGAAUUCACACGGGGCAAAGGAAUUGGGUCUGACUCACUGCAAAUUCAUUAACUUCCAGAGCUUUGAUGUUAACCAGGCCCCAUAUUGAAGGACUGGGGGGAGAGGGCUAUAAUAUUUAAAAGCGAAACAAACAAAAGGUGAACGGCGCAACUCUGUGGGUGGCCGAUCACAGCCACCCAUUUGUGUCAUUCAUGGGGAUGCGACCUGAGAGAGGAGGCGUUGCAGACUCCAAAUGAUGUUGUGCCAGUGUGCAAAUUCCAUUAUUCAAGUUGAAAAGACCUUCCCAAAUCUUUUCAUAUUUUUUUUCAUUUGGAUCUAUCAGCCUCUUACAUCACUGCCUAAUUUUCUGCUGAAUUCAGUCAGAAUCCUUCCGUAAGUGACUGUGCUUAUGAUAUCAGCCAAGGAUGCCACGCUUUCUGUUGAAUUUCAUCAGUUGAUUCAAAUUUGUUCUAUUGCAUUUCAUUAGGUCAGAGUCCAUAAGGCAAUUCAUUUAUUUAUGAUGGUGGUGAUGUAACUAUGCUGCUAGGGCAGAUUUGGUUCAAGAGAGCAGGGCCCUGUUAGCACUGAGUCUCCUUUCUUUGCCUUCCUGCUCCCCUCUUACCCUGACCCCCUACCCCCCAGUUUUCAAAGUUUCAUUAUUGUUUUGCAGUUGAAAUAUCAACGGAUGCUUGAGCGUUUAGAGAAGGAGAACAAAGAGCUCAGGAAGAUUGUCUUGCAGAAAGAUGACAAAGGCAUCCACCAGAGGAAGCUGAAGGUAUUCCCCACCCCCCCAAUGCAAAAUUUGCGCAAAACCUCACCAGUUUCCCCAGUGCUGGGCCUUCUCUUCCAUCUUUGCUCGUCUCUGCUUGCCCCUUUCAGCAGUAGUUUUGGUUAAUAAAAAAAUAAAGCCAUUUCCUUGAGUGAUUGGUGCUCCUUCUGAAGGGAAAUGCCAGUUUGCAUUCUGUGAUCCUAUCCUGAUGUCCUAUCCUGGUUCCAGUGUAAGACGCAGCCUGCUCUGCCAUUAUCGGUCUCAUAGAUUAAGCUGCAGGGAUAGGAGAGCAAACAGACACUUGGUUUUCGGUGCUGCCAGAAGUCUUUCUGAUGCUUUGGGCACAGUUCAAAUUAGCUUUCUUUCAUUCUCUUGUUCUUUCUUAGAAAUCUUUGAUUGACAUGUAUUCUGAAGUCCUGGAUACUCUGUCGGAUUACGAUGCCAGCUAUAAUACCCAUGAUCAUUUACCUCGGGUAAGUGAGUUAUCAGUGUUCAACCAUUUCACAUUUGCAGUAAAGACUGGCAUAGCUUAAUGCCCUCCAGUUCAAUCACACGUGUUGUUGUUUUUUAACAGUAGAUAGGCAACGUUUUGCUUGAUUUAGGGACAUCUUAAGUAGAAAGUAACUAGUUUCUACGUUUUCUAUAAAUAAAUACAAUGGGAUCUUCUGAAUUUAUCUUCUGAAAAGCUUUCCCCCAACUACCAACAACAACAACAAUAAAUUUUAUUUAAACCCUGCCCUCCCCGGCCAGAGCCGGGCUCAGGGCGGCUAACACCAAUAAAAUCACAGUAAAAACAUAACAGGGGGGAAAGAGAGGGGGAAACCCCAAUUUUAAAUACAGGUUAAAAUGCAAUUUAAAAUGCAGCCUCAUUUUAAAAGUAGCCCAUAAAUCAAAACCUUAAGGGGAGGGAAACAUAAGGGUCAGACCGAGUCCAAACCAAAGGCCAGGCAAAACAGCUCUGUCUUGCAGGCCCUGUGGAAAGAUGUCAAGUCCUGCAGGGCCUAGUCUCUUGAGCGUUCCACCAAGUUGGGGCCAGUACUGAAAAGGCCCUGGCCCUAGUUGAGACCAAUCUCACCUCCUUGAGGCUUGGGACCUCCAAAGUGUUGUUAUUUGUGGACCUUAAGGUCCUCCGCGGGGCAGACCAGGAGAGGCGGUCCCAUAGGUACAAACAACUAAAGAAGCCAAUUCCUGAUAUAUAAUCUGGAGUAGCCUGGUAAAAAGUGCGCUUUGUCACGAGUCGAGGGUGGCUGGCGCAUGAGUUUCGGUUAAAAGCUGGUGAUUCGAAUGUUUCCCUUCAAGGUUGUAGUGGUUGGAGAUCAGAGCGCUGGAAAAACCAGUGUGCUGGAGAUGAUCGCUCAAGCCCGGAUCUUCCCUCGAGGCUCUGGGGAAAUGAUGACUCGUUCGCCCGUUAAGGUGAGAACACCGAAUUUAGCAGGUGUUGGAGGCACAAAAGGCAUCUGUCACCCUCCUUGUGUGGCUCUCGUGAAACUUGCUCAAGGGUUUUUGCUUUAAUUGCUGCCUGCUGCUGUUUCUCCCCUUGGUCCACUAGGUCACCCUCAGUGAAGGUCCCCACCACGUGGCCAUGUUCAAGGACAGCUCUCGAGAGUUUGAUCUGACCAAGGAGGAGGAUGUAAGUUGGAAGAAAGAACUUUUUGCAGCCGUGGAAAUCGUUUGCAUUGUACACCUGAUCACUUUCAUUGGGGGAGAGACAGACAUGUGUCUUGAACAUUCCUUUCCCUGUUAAAAUGAAGAAAAUAGAACUGGACACCUGUUGAAAUGGUGCUGUGCCUGGUUUCUUUCUUUCUUUUUUUAUAGAUUUUUGUCUAUAAAUUUUUAUAGAUUUUUAUCUAUAAAUUUUCUAUAGAUUUUCCACAAUGAUAACACAAACCACAAAGCAGAAUGAUACACAAAAACAGAAAGAAAGAAGGGGGGUGGGAAGGAACAAUAAACAGAUAAAUAAUAACAACAAACUUAAUUCUUCACAAAUCCAACCUUUUAAACAUCUUGGUUGACUUCCUCAAGUCCCUCCCUUCUGAGUUUCCUUGUAGUUAAAAGUAACAGCUUCCCAAUAUCAUUAUUAAACUAAAACAAUUUCCAAUUAUAGUCCAUCUUAUUCACUUUUCUUAACAUUCUAAAUCCCAUUUAUUUAAUUAUAAUUUAGUUUAAUCUUAGGCCUAUUUGGUUCUUUCAAGUAAUUUCUAAUUUUUUAUAUUACAACAUUUAUUCAAAUAGUCCUUAAAUUUCCUCGCUGUGCCUGGUUUCUGGUUGUGACCUCUGAUUGUGCUUAAACAGCUGGCAGCCUUGAGGAAUGAGAUUGAGAUCAGGAUGAGGAAGAGCGUGAGUGACGGCUGCACCGUCAGCACUGAGGUGAGGCCUGGCUGCUGACUUCUUUCCGCUGGUCCCAGAGCUCCCUUGGGUCCCCAUCCAGCAAUUGCUUGUGGGGCACCCUGAGCAUUGUUUUCUACGUAGUAUUUUUCUUUAAAAGGAGGCUCCCUGACGUGGAAAUCGCUCUUCCUUGUUUCCUUCCACAGACCAUCUCCCUCAGCGUUAAGGGUCCUGGCCUGCAAAGGAUGGUGCUGGUGGAUUUGCCGGGCGUCAUUAGCGUGAGUAGACAAUGCUUCUCCUCCUCUGAUCCUCCCCGUUCCUUCGAGAUGGGCUGCAGUGGACUUUUCCCAGGCUCCUGGGUCCACCUGGGACUUCAGGCAGAGGCUUCUCAGUGGUGGCGCCUUCACUUUGGAAUCGCCCACCUGACAACGUGGUUAACUGAAUUUUGGUGCAGAGUGAACAUGUCUUUACAGGAAGGUUGGUGGGAGGUGGAAUUUUUUGCAAUCUUUUUUUGCGUUUAGUUUUGAUAUGAUUUGUUUUAUCAUCCAUACACUCCUUUCCCAGCCUUAUUACUAAUUGUGAUUUAACAAUAAUAAUAAUAAUAAUAACAACAACAACAACAACAACUAUUUGUAGUAGUAAUGAUAAUAAGUUUAUUAGUAUUUAUUUAUUUAUUUUAUUUAUUUCAUUUAUUACCCGCCCAUCUGGCUGAGUUUCCCCAGCCACUCUGGGCAGCUUCCAGCAGAAUAUUAAAAUACAAUGAUUCAUCAAAUAUUGAAAGCUUCCCUAAAAAGGGCUGCCUUCGAACGUCUUCUAAAAGUCAUAUAGUUGUUUCUUUCCUUGACAUCUGAUGGGAGGGCAUUCCAUAGGGUGGGCGCCACCACCGAGAAGGCCCUCUGCCUGGUUCCCUGUAACUUCGCUUCUCGCGGUGAAGGAACCGCCAGAAGGCCCUCGGAGCUGGACCACAGUGUCUGCACUGAACGAUGGGGGUGGAGACGCUCCUUCAGGUCUACUGAGCCAAGGCCGUUUAGGGCAUUAAAGGUCAGCACCAGCACUUUGAAUUGUGCUUGGAAACGUCCUGGGAGCCAAUGCAGGUCUCUCAGGACCAGUGUUAUAUGGUCUUGGCGGCCGCUCCCAGUCACCAGUCUAGCUGCUGCAUUUUGGAUUAGUUGCAGUUUCUGGGUCACCUUCUAGUUGCAGAAGUCCAAGCAGAAGAUACCUAGAGCAUGCACCACUCUAGUGAGACAGUCUGCGGGCAGGGAGGGUCUCAGCCUGCGUGCCAGAUGGAGCUGGGAGACAGUUGUCCUGGACACUGAAAAACUAUAAACUAUAGAUGUGUUCUUCCACUAUCAUCAGCUGCCUGGUUGCCCCCAAUUUUUCCUAAUAACCACAGGGAGGUGGGAAAAUGCUUGGCUCAUAUUUAUAGAUAACACUUUCUCUCUCACAUACAUAUCAUAAUGUUAGGGCCACUCUUAUGGUCUUAACGCCUUCAAGAACUUGAGAGCAGUUCUUGAAAUCAGCUGCCGAGAGAUGCUGUUGAACCUCCUUCCAAGGAUAGCUUUUUAAAAAGAAGCUGGGCAUGCACCUGCCAGGGAUAUCUGAUCCAUCUGCUUCCUCCCAGUUCUUUGACACCACCUGUUGCUCUUUUCCUGCCCUUCCUGAUCUCUUUCCCCAGACGGUGACGUCAGGGAUGGCCCCGGACACAAAGGAGACGAUCUUCAGCAUCAGCAAAGCCUACAUGCAGAAUCCCAACGCCAUCAUCCUUUGCAUUCAAGGUAAAGGAGGAGGUCGGAGAGCCACUGGAAUGUCCUUGUGUCUUGGUUAAUGAAUCUCUGCAACGUCACCAGUCAUUCCCUCUGGGAGACUUGUUUGUGAGCACAGACCACGCCUGCUCCUUCUUUGGGGUUGGGGUUGUAGAGGGCAGGGCAGGGCAGAGGGAUGGAAUUAGCUGGCCACCUCUUCUUUUUUCUGGCUUUGGGACUUAAUCAGUUGUGCUUUCUGGGCCCCAAGUUGAGCCACUGGGCAUGUUCUGGGUUUAGCUCUUACCUUCAAAUGAGUUUCGAUUCAGGUAGGUAGCCGUGUUGGUCUGACGCAGUUGAAAUAAAUUUUAAAAAAUUAAAAAUUGUCCAGUAGCACCUUAGAGACCAACAAAGUUUGUAAACUUGUUGACGACUGUUAAAGACUGUUUACAGGUUUACCAAACCCAUUGAGCCAAUCACCCAUCUCCUACUACCGUUCUGAGAAAAACCCCACCCCACCCUCCCACUAUAUACAGUCAUAAAAGGUAAAGGGUAAAGGGGCCCCUGACCAUUAGGUCCAGUUGCAGAUGACUCUGGGGUUGCUGCGCUCAUCUCGCUUUAUUGGCCAAGGGAGCCGGCGUACAGCUUCCGGGUCAUGUGGCCAGCAUGACUAAGCCACUUCUGGCGAACCAGAGCAGCGCACGGAAACGCCGUUUACCUUCCCACCGGAGUGGUACCUAUUGAUCUACUUGCACUUUGACGUGCUUUUGAACUGCUAGGUUGGCAGGAGCUGGGACCGAGCAACGGGAGCUCACUCCGUUACGGGGAUUCGAACCGCCUACCUUCUGAUCUGCAAGUCCUAGGCUCUGUGGUUUAACCCACAGCGCCACCCGCGUCCCUCAUAUACAGUCAUACCUUGGGUUAAAGUUGCUUCAGGUUGAGUGUUUUCGGGUUGCGCUCCGCAGCGACCCGUAAGUAAGGGAAUACAUUACUUCCAGGUUUCGCCGCUCGCGCAUGUGCAGACGCUCAAAAUGACAUCAUGCACAGAAACAGCAAAACACGGCACGCGCAGACGCGGGUUGCAUUCACUUCUGGAUGUAAACAGGGCUCCAGAACGGAUCCCGUUUGCAUCCAGAGGUACCACUGUAUAAGGGUCUUCGGUUUCAGUGUAUCUGAAGAAGUGUGCAUGCACACGUCUUCGGUUUCAGUGUAUCUGAAGAAGUGUGCAUGCACACAAAAGCUUAUUCCCAGAACAAACUUAGUUGGUCUCUAAGGUGCUACUGGACAAUUUUCUUAUUUAUUUCAACUUCAAAAGAGUUGUUCAGCUCCUGCUUUGUUGCUGAAAACGCUUUGCAUGUUCUGCGAGGUUAUGGCCAAUCUGCUUCGUUUCCAGACGGGUCUGUGGACGCUGAGCGCAGCAUCGUCACCGACUUGGUCAGCCAAAUGGACCCUCAGGGCAAGAGGACAAUCUUUGUUCUGACAAAAGUGGACCUCGCCGAGAAAAACGUGGCCAGUCCAAGCAGGGUGAGGAAGAGGAGGGUGUGGAGGAGUGAUUUUGUCCAGCAGAUGCUGACGGGGCCUCCGGGGAGGGCAAGAAGAAAAACUUCUGCUGGAAGAUCCCAAAGGAACUUCUUAUUUUGACAACUUGAUUCCCAGAGCUGUUGGGAGUGAUUAGAUGGCUUCUGUUCUCAAAGGUGUCAGGUUUGCUCUGCAGAAACUGCGUGACUCUGAUUUUUGUUUCCGGAUUGAUUUGAUUGAUCGAAAAUAUUUAUAGAAAGGGACUCCAAGGGUCAUCUAGUCAAAACUUCUGCAAAGCAGGAAUCACAGCUAAACAACCCGUGAGAGAUGGCCAUCCAGUCUCUGUUGAAAAGAGUCCACCACCUUCUGAGGGAGUCCGUUCCACUGUUGAGCAGCUCUUAAUGUCAGAAAGGUCUUCUUAAUGAUUAGUCAGCAUCUCCUCGCUAGCCAUGUUAUAGUGCUUAAUGCAUAGAAUUCCUACGUGGUUUACAUAAAAUCAUACAAAAUUACAAUUUAAAGUUACUUAUAUAUCAGACAUAAAAUACAUCACAGCAGUGAUGCACGAGCCAGAAGGAGCCCCUGCAGACAGAUGAGUCUCUGGGAGGUGCUUAAAAUCCACUGCACUUGCUUCUGAAUGGGCUGAGCAUGGGGGGGCGCAGUCCCAGAGGGUUGGGGCCACAACUGAGAAGGCCAAGGGUUUUGCCCAGGCUUUUCUCUGACUUUGGCACCAGGAAAGCUUGCUUUCUGAAGUCAGCAAACUUUUAUGGGCUCCCCCAACCCCCCAGGAGUGUGUAUGUGGAACUGUUUCUUUCUUUUUCUUUGAUGAAAACAGUUAUAGCUUACGAGAAAAGUUGCUACCUGGGAGAUAGUCCAAUAUUUAAAUGUUCUCAGGUUUUUGUGUGUGUAAGAGUGUUAUAAUUGCUCCUUUUACAAAAGAGCCUACUUCUUAUUUUUAAAGCACUCUGCAGAUAGUUAAAGCACUGGGCUGUUGCCGGGGGGUUUUAAAGCCCCUGAACUUGAUUCAGGACUGGCUUUCAUGGCUUUUGUCAGGCUAAGACGUGCGCACCCCCGACCGCUGUUUCCUAUUUUGUAUCUUCUUUCACUGUUUGAGUAAAGGAAAGCUGAGAACUCCUACGAGAUCAGCUUUGCUGCUUUCCCAUUUUCACAGAUCCAGCAGAUAAUUGAAGGCAAGCUCUUCCCAAUGAAGGCUCUUGGGUAUUUUGCAGUCGUCACAGGAAAAGGUAAUCCUAGCUUUGCAUUGGGCCAGCGGGUGGAGCCACAGCGCGUAUGCUGGACAGUGCUGAGUGGGUUUUUCUUUCUCUCCCUCCCUCUCCCUCUCCCCCUGCCCCCCAACCCGGCUGCCUCUAGGAAAUAGCUGCGAAAGUAUUGAAUCUAUUAAAGAGUACGAAGAGGAAUUUUUCCAAAACUCCAAACUACUCAAGUAUGCCAAUAUUUGUUCUUGUUUUUGAAGUGCCUCUUGCUGGUUUUAGUGCCAGUGGGCGGUGCAGGGUUUAGGGGGUGGGGUGUGUGAAACAUGGGCUGAAAUGGUUUGUCAGAAAGCAAAGUGUGAUUGCCUGAGAAGUUGCUUUGAACGGGCCAUCCUGGAAGACUUUCCGACUCCACAUGACUUCCCUGAUGAGCUUGUGGAAGCUUUCGUCACCAAAAUGGGGGCCUUUCACCCCUCCGAAAUGUCACGUGCGGGGUUAAUCCUGUGCGAGAGCCCAGUGGAAAUGCCUCGGGAAUAAACCAGAAACUCCCAGCCUCUGAUCUGGAGAAAUGCAGUGGUUGUGUGCAACAUUCCCGGAGGGAUUUGGACCUGAAGAUAAUUCAUAGGAAAACCUAACACGGUUGUAUCCAAGCAAUGGCUUUGUGUUAAUGGAAAAAACUUUGUGUCUAGGAAAGCUGCCCCCUGGGGUUCAGGGACUCUUGGUAACAGUGUGGGAUAAAGUGCAGAGAACUUCAGUAGGUAGGAAAGAUCAGCAGAAAUUGGGGCACUGGGCCUUUGCACGAGCGCAAAUGAUUUCCAUUAAUGCAAAGCUACCACUGGAUAUAACCGCAGGUGAAUGGACUCUGCCUUCCUUGAAGGUCCAGGCCAGGGCCAGGUCCUUCUGUGUCUGCUCCCUAGUCCUUAGUCCUUGUGUGUUAGGGCUGGAGCUUCAUUCUGGCUGAGAAGUUCCAUCCUGCCGCAGGGCAGGAGCACAGAAUGUGCUUCUACGCUCUGCCCGUCUUUCUGUUAGUUCUGGGCAGGCUUCUCAAAUUCACGCCCUGUGGUCAGCAGCCCUCCAUUCUCUGGGCCGUACGAUGAGCCCCAAUUUGGAGCUAAUGGGGGGACAUGGGGUGGGCAUCAUCCCCAGCUUUGCACAGUGAAACUGGGGGACUAUAUGCCCCUUCUCCAUGUUGGGCAAACAGCAGGAGCCCAGGAGCCGCCCAUUUGUGGAUCCCUGUUUCUGACGUCUCACAAGGUCCUCCUUCCUAAAUGAAAUUAUACUGUCUCUUGGCUCCAGAGGAAAACCAUAGAAUUGCAGAGUUGGACACCCAGGAUCAGCUAGUCCAUGGGUAGGCAACCUAAGGCCCGUGAGCCGGAUCCAGCCCAAUCGCCUUCUAAAUGCAGCCCGUGGACGGUCCAGGAAUCAGCGUGUUUUUACAUGAAUAGAAUGUGUCCUUUUAUUUAAAAUGCAUCUCUGGGUUAUUUGUGGGGCAUAAGAAUUGUUCAGUCCCCACUCCCCCAAAAAAUAUAGUCCGGCCCCCCACAAGGUCUGAGGGACAGUGGACCGGCCCCCUGCUGAAAAAGUUUGCUGACCCCUGACCUAGUCAAACCCCUUUCAAUGCAGGAAUCACUACAAUACUACUACUAAGAGUAAUAAUAAUAAUAAUUUUAUUAAUUAUACCCCGUCUGUCUGGGUUUCCCCAGCCACUCUGGGUGGCCCCCAAGAGAAGAAUAAUAAUAAGCAAUAAAACCUCAAACAUUUGUGAAAUGGGACUGUCUACUCUGGUGUAUUUUGAGGUGUGGACUACAAUGUGCUUCCCCCUGCCCCAGCACCACUACCAGUUUUCCCCCUUUCCCCUGUAUUUGCUUCUUUAUUUUUUUUGUUGGAGAAGGUGUUCUCUCACUUGCAAAUCCGCCCCAGUGUUUGUGUCUCUGUCGUGUCCUUUGCAGGAACUGCAUGCUGAAGGCCCACCAGGUGACCACGCGGAACCUCAGCCUUGCCGUGUCGGACUGUUUUUGGAAAAUGGUGCGAGAGUCUGUGGAGCAGCAGGCGGACGCUUUCAAAGGUAACGGUUGCGCUGGCAGAUCUGUAGGAAGCCUUGGACUGAGGAGUCCCUCUCUUCUCAGGAGCCGGGCCUGUCCUGGUGUCUGAUUCCCCUGGAUAUGGGGAGUAUUGCUGGGCCCUCCUCAGGAGUCUUACUGUAAACAGCUUUCUGGACUUAUCCAAAAAAGUUGGAAUGUUGGUCUGUUGUUGUUUUAGCUUUUUGAAAGUUUUGAAUGGUGGUCAUUUUUCCUUACUGACAAUUUUAUUGUUUUACCGAUUUUGUAAACUGCUUUGAAGUUUGUGUACAAAUUGUAUGCAAUCAAUAGAAAUCUGUGCGCUGCAAACGUUUUAAGCUGCGCAGCAGUUUGCGAGUGACACACCGUUGACAGACAGGAUCCACGUGUCAGAAUGCGCUUGCCUCUCUGUACGAUGGCAAAACGUGUGCUGGGGGGUUGGAAUGGACGUGUUUCCCAACCUGGUUCUUUAAUAUGCUGUGCAUUUUUUGGCAUGGGUGUUGUUUCUGCAUCUAGGGAGGAAAUGCAUUGCCUAGAGCCCCACAUAAGAAGAGGAUGGGUGGAAACUGACUUUCCAGCCCUCUUCUUUCCCUGGCAGCCCCCCCCCCCCAGGCUCGCUUGAGGGGGAGGCAUGAAAAUGGUGUGGAGGCACCUUCCGUAUGCGUGGCUCCAGGCACAGAAAGCCCCCCCCCCCAAUUUCCACAAUUGACACAGCUCAUUCAGUCGGGUCCCCAGGGGCAGGAGUCGGCUGCUGCCCCCUCACUUUAGAGGGUGAAUCUCUGGCUCCAGAUAAACUAGCCACGGAUUUGACCUCCCUUCCCCUGAAUUUCUCCCCAUAGCAACCCGCUUUAAUCUGGAGACUGAGUGGAAGAAUAACUACCCCCGCUUGCGAGAACUUGACCGGGUAAGUCCAUUUCCUGGCUGAGAGCCAGAGGGGGCCUUGGUCUCCAUCCUCUUUUGGGGAGAGCUUUGAUGGGAGAGGGUCGGCCUGUGUUUUACCUGGGCUGGGAGCCCCGUCCUGCUGGCACUGCUGCUGCAGUUACGGAGUAGCUUCCUCAGGGAGACCUGUUGAUCAGUAUCCCUGCGUAGCUUUUUGUGCUUUUGUCCUGGGACGCACAUGGGCUGGUGGGGGCAGGAGGGAGGAGGGAGGACUGGACCUGGGAGGGGAAUCGGGGCAUCUUGAGCCGCUCAGCCAAACAUCAGAACCGCUGCUUGAGGGGUCUCUGUGUUUGAAGGGGGCCACUCAAGGGCCCCCAGUUAAUUUCACUGAAGGAGCAGCCUGUCGUUUGCCCAUCCUUGAGCUUGAUAGCCCUGGGGUCUCAAUCCGCACAGCAUGUCCGUGUACGUUCCUCCGUCUGACUUAUCGCAAGCGUCUCAGUGGCUACAAACGCUUCUCGUUUUUCUGUCUAGAAUGAACUGUUUGAAAAAGCAAAGAACGAGAUCCUCGAUGAAGUCAUAAGCUUGAGCCAGGUGACACCAAAGCACUGGUACAGUAAUUAGUUGGAGAUUUUUAUUUUGCUUCUUCGUUCUGUGCUGGCUUUUCGGUUUAUAGAGCAGGUUCUGCGAAGAUUAAAAUAGGCUGCCCUGCGUUCUCCGUGAUCCUGUGAUGAUGCCAUAUAUCUCAGAAAAGCCCAUCUGGGAUCCAUCCACUCCUUUCUCCCUAUAAAACAUUUAUUGGUUCUGCGUGUCUGACUUUGGCAACCCCUGGCCAUUCUGGGGGAGGACUGGCAAGUUUGCUGCUCUCUUAAGAGAAAUCCUAGCGUCUGUUGCUGACUGUUCUUCGUCCAUGAGUUAUAGAAGCCAGCAGAGAGGGGAGAGUCUUUUCUAAAUAUAGGCAAAAGCAACCCUUUGCAGAAGGCCGUAAAUACUCUGCUCUUUACUUAAAUGAAAACCAAAAGAAAAAAGGAAAGAGGGAGAGUCUGCGCCCGGAAAAGUUGGACUUUACGAAAGGCCUCUAUUCAGCAUGGGAAGCUGUGUCUGUGUGGAUCUUUUGCCCAGUUUGGCUCCCUUCGCCGGCCUUUAGGGCAAAGACCAGGCCAGGAUCUGGGCAUGGCUGCAGGGCUAUGUGUGCAUAUGCAGCCCUUCCGGCAAUUUCAGAAGGAGGUGCUGCUGGAGCACUGGCCCAGUCCUCCUUUGCAGCCUUCAGGGCUGGGGACCGCCAGGAAGUUGACCCUCUUUGAUUCCGUUUUAGCAACACAAGUGUUUUCUCGCUGGAGACUCUUUUCUUCCAGGCAGGCGGUUCCUUGUGGAGCGUUUUGCGCAGUGCCUUUUAGAUUCUCUCCUGCCAGAUCAGGCCUGGAGGCUUUGAUGGAUGAACUGAAUUGUGUCGCGUUCCGGGAACAGCAUUCGCUGAACGGAUUAAUUUGCUUUGGGCCAGAACUUGACAUAAACCAUCAUUUGGCCAAACACAAUAGUAAUCCGUGCUUUUAGAGGGGGUUUUUUGGUUUUGCUUUUUCUUUAAAUUCUUCAGUUCCUUUUAAGUUCUCAUAAAUAACUCUUACAAGGUUUGAAAACCUGGCUGCCUGCUCUACUUUUAAAGAGCAGAGCAAGUCUGAACCCAUCUGGGCUCACUUGGCAAUUUUGAGCUUACCACAAAAGGGAGACUCUCUCCGUAGCAAUCAAGCAAAGGCUGGAAUUUAGCUGGCAUUACUAAGACGCAACUGAAGGAGCAGAAAGGGUUUCCAGUGAUCCUGCCGGAUGAUCCUCACAAUCACAGGAGAGGAGUGCAGGGAUCUGCUGCUGCUGCUUGCCUUGGGAAGCAAGCUGUAGUCAAGCUGGUUUUCAGCAGGCUACGCUCUCAUCCAUUUGCUCCAUGCAGUAUAGUACGGUGGCGUCUCAUGUGAGGGUGCUGUAGGUUAUGAGAAAGCUAGAGCAAUAAUCCGCCAACGAAUUUGGGAUGUGGAACUGCAAUGUCACGUGCGCGAGAUGAAUAAACACCCUGCGCGAGAUGAAUAAACACCCAGCAAUAAAAGAUAAUGGGAGAGGGUUUACCUCAGCAAUAUAUCUGUCAAAAUUACAAAUACCCAAUUACAGACGGUCAUUCACCCUCGCUAGAUUCAACGUGCUGCCAUCUGCCUUAUUGCAGGGCAGAUUCGAGGGUAAACCGUACGCGGAACGAGUCUGCCCCUGCGGCUUGAUGGAGGUAGAAACUGUCUCUCAUGCCUUGUUAUGCUGUCGUUUCUACGGGGAUAUACAUUUGGUACUUAUCAUCCCUUCUAUACAGAAAUCUCCAAAUGGGUCCGAACUUCAAUCUCUAAAAUCCCUGGUAGAGGACAAGGAUCCAGAGAUCAAGCAAAGGGUGGCCAAAUUCUGUGCGACUGCCAUAAAACUUAGGGAACAAGCUGUGCUACCAUAAUGACUAAGGCCUUAAAUGACAAUUUUAGGUUAUAUUUUAGUGAUUAAGAUUUAACAUAUAUUUUUAACUGCUGCUAUAUCUGUAUUGCCCCUGUUAUACCCAAUUGCAAAUUCAAAUGUAUCCCUAUCGUGUUUUAUGACUUCCCCGAUAUUGUAUGUGAGCUGGAACUGGUCUGUGACCGAAAUUAAUAAAUUCAAUUCAGUUCAUGUGAGGGUUCAGUUCCAAGGGUUGUGCGCAGAGCGUUUUUCUGAGGGUACAAAAGGGUACGCAGUACCAACAUCUCUUUUUCUAGAUGUACCGGCACAUUUUUGUCUACUCAACCAGAGCCAGGGCUUUUUCAGCUGUGGCUCCGAUCUGGUGGAACGCUCUGCCACAAGAGACCAGGGCCCUGCGGGACUUGACAUCUUUCCGCAGGGCCUGCAAGACGGAGCUGUUCCACCAGGCCUUUGGCCAAGACACAGCCUGACCCCCUCCUUUGGUAAUCCUCAGAGAACUCUAGCCCAAUGGUUGCUAUCAGUUUGAUUUAAACUGAUUUUAUAAUGAAUUGAAUUUAGAAUGCUGUAUUAUUUUACUGUAGUUAGCCGCUCUGAGCCCAGCUUCAGCUGGGAAGGGCGGGAUAUAAAUAACUUUAUUAUUAUUGUUGUUGUUAUUAUUACUGGUUGUGCGUAUACAUGAAAAUGCCCCUGGAACCGAAUUCCCGCUUGCAGAGCAAUUAAAAAAAUGCUCAGCCACACAUAAACUAGAACCAAAUGAACACAGAAAAGCAAAAGCGUGGACCUCAGCACUGAGCGAGUCCAGAACUGCUUAAAACUGAAAGGUCGCAGCCUCUCCCACUACUUGCUGGUCUCCCUUGUGGGGGCUUGGGGAGGAGGGAGUCUCUCCUGGGGAACAAACCUCUUUUUGCCCCUGGGUCUCUCUCUGGGCCUCUCACCUGUGGGGAUGCAAAGUGACCUCUGGUUGUCCCCCCCCCUUUAGGGAGGAGAUCCUUCAGAAGACCUUGUGGGACAGGGUCUCGACGCACGUGAUAGAAAACAUCUACCUCCCGGCAGCACAAACCACAAACUCGGGCACCUUCAACACCACGGUGGACAUCAAGCUGAAGCAGUGGACGGACAAACAGCUGCCCAACAAGGCCGUGGAGGUGAGACCGUUUGGGGUUGACCUGCGCAAGCGGAGGGGUGAAUCUCGGCUGAAUCUCCUUCUCUGUCCCCGCAAAGGGACAGAUGCAACGGCACACGAAACAAGCCUGCUCUUUGGAGGGGGGCUGCCUGUCUCUCCCCCCCCCCGAUUCUCAUAGAUCAGGCUUCCUCAACCUCGGCCCUCCAGCUGUUUUGAGACUACAAUUCCCACCAUCCCUGACCACUGGUCCUGCUAGCUGGGGAUCAUGGGAGUUGUAGGCCAAAAACAUCUGGAGGGCCGAGGUUGAGGAAGCCUGUCAUAGAUUCAUUUUAGGGUUACACAAAGGAUUGCCCACAGUGGCAAGUGAGUGAAGGCUAGGCAUGUCCUUGGAGCGGAUUCAGAGGUGCACGCCUCUUUGCAGAGCUCCGCAGCUGGUUAGCUCAAGUCCCUUGGGAAAUCCAUUCUCCCUUUUUGAGAGAAAGCGUGUGGGCACCCCGGCCGCUUUCCUGGAGCCCUGCAGUCUCAAUGCGCCCCGUAUGACUGAAGGUUUCUUCUUGACACCCUCCAUGUCCUGCUUGCGGGAUUCCCACUGUGGGCAUUGGGUUGGCCAUUGCGGGGGCAGGAUGCUCGUCUGAUUUAGCAGGGCUCUUCUGGUGUCCUUGCCACCCACACCUCAGUUCUGUGCCAUCACCAGUUGUGGUCCUUCAGAGUGCCUCUUCCACCCACUCUACUCCUCAGCCAGCCCCACAGGCUGCCCCCUCCCUUCUUCCCACAUGCCUCUGGCAUCUCUUCCCACCUCACCUCUCUUCCUGCAUAACAACCCUUUCUGCACAGCCCUGGAAACAGCCCCUUCUCAUAUGCUGUCUGGUGUCUCCUCUGCACCCCACCCACCCUCUCCAGUUCAACCUUUCACUUCCCUCACGGAAGUGGCUCUGUCGGUUAUCAUUCCGUGUUGGGCAUCUUCAGUGUCAGGGCACAGGCGGUCGUCCCGUGUCCCAUCCCCCCCCCGCCCCCCUGUUAUUGCACAGGGCAUGUGAGUUGAUGUGUUUGAUGUGAGUCGGUUUCCGCAUCUCGUGUUAGAUCUGCUUCCCUCUGCUGGCCUCAGCGCUUGUCUGAGCCCAGUCUGGUGCCUCCAGCGUUGAGCCGCUUCUCAAGGCCGGACUCUGUUUCCCAAUCUGCAGGUUGCCUGGGAGACCCUCCAGGAGGAGUUUGCUCGCUUCAUGACGGAAGAGAAGGGCAAAGAGCACGACGACAUCUUUGACAAACUGAAGCAAGCCGUGAAGGAUGAGAGCAUCAAGCGCCACAAGUGGAACGAGAGAGCAGAAGACAGCCUGGUGGGGCCUUAAUCCUUUACGUUAAUAUAUUUCCGUGGCUUAGAAGAAACGAAUCCCUCUCUUUCGACAAGGCUUUGUGUGCGCUUUUCUGGUUUUAACAUGUUGUUUCUUUAUGUGCGGACGAAGGAAUCGCCAGAGCCUUUCUUUGGUUGGGGGGGCUUCCAGUGGUGGCGUUGGCAUCACUGCUUAGAAAUUUGUUCAUUGACUUGAUUAAUUGGAUCGAUAUCAUUACCUGGAUAGACAUGUGAAGGCCAGGGUGAAAAACAGAAAUUGGAUGAAUACCCAGAAAAAGUGGAAAGAGGAGGAAAUGUUUUUUCCUUUAUUGUUGUUGUCAUUUCUUGGCCUUCACAUCUCUACAGUGGUACCUCUAGUUGCGGACUUAAUCCAUUUUGGGGUGCCAUUCGCGCCCUGAAAAGUCCGCAACUAGAGCGCCUCUUCUGUGCAUGUGCAUGGCGCGAUCAAGCGCUUCUGCGUUCGUAAGCUGAAAGUCUGUAACGAGAGCGGAACGCAACACGAGGUAUGACUGUAUACCCAAAAUGCUACAGUGAUGCUCAGCCAAACGUUAGAAUGUCUUUUUGGGUGUAUUCAGUCUGAUUAAGGUAACAAAUGUGUAACUGGGGCUGGGCGCACGCAGGCCACCUCUCAACUCCUGAUCUUCAUGCAUAAACUGUGAGCAUAAAGGUGUUCUCCCCCUUACGUGUGUUUUGCCCUCAUGGGGUCAAACGAAACACCUGAAGAAGGCUGAAUCCAUUUCGCAGUCCAUCAUAACUCCAAGCUUGUCCUUCCCAGAAAGAGAGGGAUCUGAAAUCAGAUCACAGGGACUCCCUUUUCCCUGCUCUGCUGCCACUUGCAGUGAGCUCACUUGAGCUGGCCUGGAGCAUGUCGGCUCUUCCAGCAGCUUUGCUUUGAGAAUUCUUGAGGAACAAGCUUCUGAAUUAUCUGGCGCUUUUGCUGCGCACGUGGAAGCUGGGUUGCUUUAAGGGGGAGAAAAAGCAGAGCCCGUUUGGGGAUCUGACGGCUGCCCUGUGCUUUGGCAGAGAGUGAUCCAGCACAACGCCCUGGAGGACCGCUCCAUCUCGGACAAGCAGCAGUGGGACGCAGCGAUUCAGUUCAUGGAGGAGACCCUGCACAGUCGCCUGAAAGACAGUGAGUUUCCCCCUCUCCUUGGCUGCCUUUCUCUGGAGCUGAGCUUUUGCCACCAGACGCUACCAUUAAAUCCUCCUGGUCGCCCCUUGGUCAGGGCGCUGUUGUCUCUUCCGCCCUGACCUGUCCUCCUCCUCCUGCAGCUGCUCCCCCCUUUGCAGGCAGUCCAGAAUGCUGCUUAUUAAAUCAGUGGUUGCUCAGCAUGAGAGGGAGGGAGAGAAAAUCACAGUGUGGUGUUGUGUACUCAAUGUUGUGCUCUUUGUGUUCUUGUCCAGCUGAAUCAGUCAUUGAAGACAUGGUGGGCCCAGACUGGAAGAAAAGGUGGCUCUACUGGGUGGGGCGCACCAAAGAACAGGUAAAAAGCUGCCCAGGUAUUGCCCUGGGAUUCUCUGGCCCAGCUGCAAUAUAUAUAUAUGUCUGUAAUAAUGUUACCUGAAAUGAAGAAGCCUGAUCAAAACAUGGGAGGAGAGCACACUUGCUGUGCAAUUCCUGGGUCUGCAAAGGUGUGUCCAGAUCAAGGUGCUUUUCUGGAAAACCCGAGUGACCCCAAGGCCACACCUUGUCUCACGUUGCAGUUGCACAAGGGCAGCCGGUGGCUAUUUGUGCUGAUUUCCCCCAAGAUAGAAAUAUGUAUUCCCUGCAUGUGGAGUCCUGGUGCCAUUGAAGCAUCAUGGUAACCAAAUUGGGGGAGGGUGCUUAGACGAAGAGGCCCUAAGAUCACCCCCCCCCCUUGAUUAUACAAUCUGAACCUAUUUCAUUAUUUUAUUAUUUCCUUACAGUAUUUCUGUACCCUCUCUAGGGAAGGGCUCCUGGUGGCAGCCCCCCCCCCCCCCGAGACUGACUAAAGUUAAGGCUUCCAUGUUUCCAGAAAACUUUGGAGGCCCCCAUUUUGGACCAGCUUAUUGGGUUGGGGGGGUGAGUCAGGAGAGAAGCUGGAAACAUUCUGUCCCUGCUUUUGUGCUUAUAACUUUGCGCAACUUUUGUGCCUUGGCUAGGUGUUAUCUUUUGGGAGACUUAAACAUGCAAGGUGUACCAGAAUCUUGAUUUCAUUUUUCCCCACUCCUCUUAGGGCAAGAGUGAGACUUUAAAAAUAAAAUAAAAAAGCAAUGGCAUUUCUUUUGUUUUAAGACCAUCCGCAAUGAAACGAAAAACGAACUUGAGAAGAUGAUAAAAUGCAACGAAGAGCACCCGGCUUACCUUGCAAACGACGAGGUCACAACCGUCCGGAAGAACCUGGAGGCCCGCGGGGUGGCCGUGGACCCCUGCCUGGUAAGAAGCUCUGCCCGGCUCCUUUCAGUUCCAAUAACAGGGAAAGGCUGGGCUCUGAAUAUGGAAACCAUCAUCGGCUCUGAACAGUCCCAGCAAGACUUGUUGUGAAUGUUUGCUGUUCUGCCAAAAUGGCUGGUUGCUUUUCGGGAAGUUAAGCUCCCAGACAUUCUUGGGGAGGUCAGAGUAUGUGGAGGUGUGUUUGAUGGUCGUAAUAAGGGGAAAGGCUUAGCGGAAGUGCCAUGUCUUCCUUCCUUCCCUUUCCCCCUCCCUCUCUCUGAGUAAGACGUUGGCGUCAAAAGCUGGCCGUGCGUUUGCUUGGGCUACUCUUAGGAAGUGCAGUUCAUAGCAUGUUGGUUUUGGCCAUGGGGGAUUCAAAUUCUCUACCCAAGAUUUCCCACUUACUUCCACAUUUCGGUAAGUAGCUUGAGCAAGGAACAGAGAAGUCAGGCCAAUUGGUCCACCUAGCUCGGUGUUGUCUGCGCUGACUGUCAGUGACCCUUCAGUAUUUUGGACAGGCGUCUGUCCUAGCCCUGUCUGGAGAGGCUGCCAGGGACUGGCCUGAGUCCUUCUGCAUGCCAAGCAACGGCUGCAUCCCUGAGCUGUAACCCUUUCCUAAAUUCCCAGACUUGUGGUGAGGAUGCAAUUAGUGGAAGACUGUGUUUGAGUGGAGGAAGCUGAAUCCUGCUAGAUCAGGGCUUGACAAGGUUUACCUCACCUGGGCCGGUUCACUCCUGCAGAGAUCACUCUGUGGCCGGAUGCGUCUGCGCAGACGUGAUUUUCGGCAUCUGUGUAGAUGCGAUUUCUGGCGCUGUGGAAGCGAGUCCCUGCUCCGCAUUGUGCCGGUUUAGCGCAGCACGCAGGGACUCGCCGAGUGGGUGGGGCAGUUCGGGGGCCAUUUAAACGAUCCCCAUGGGCUGUUCGUGGCCCACGGGCCACAGGUUGCCGCCCCCUGUGCUAGAAGCUGCUUCAGCCGUGAUUCAGGAGCGCACGUUUCUUCCGCGCUCUCCGUUUGCGGGAGCACUUUCCCCAUCGGGAAUAGGCGGCUGCUGGACAGGUUUCAGUAAAAGCAACAACCCAAAACAGACCCUGGUGCUUUUCCUCCUCCCCUUCUUGGGAGGUGGUGUCCAUGUGAGCCAGCAGGGCCCCUUCUGCUGACAGCCCAGCCUCUCUCUCAGCUGCUUCCAAGGCUGAGCUUUCUUCUGAGCGCCGCGCAACAUCUGCCGGCCGGCACGUGCUCCGGGGCCGUCCGGAUUUGGGCCAACGAUAACCAGAUGUUCCUCUCUCCCUUUGGUCCCAGAUUAAAGACACCUGGCACCAGGUUUACAGGCGGCAUUUCUUGAAGAAGGCCCUGGGCCACUGCAACCUCUGCCGGAGAGGCUUUUAUUACUACCAGAGGCAUUUUGUGGACUCUGAGGUAAGUGGAAGAACUUGCAGGUUACGAGCACUUAGGGAACAGCCGCCGCCCUCCCCUGAUGUCUGACCAGGAAAGGCGAGGGGUCUCACUCACAAUCCCCCACCCCUCCUCCAGUCUCUCUCUCUCUCUCUCUCUGAAUGAUAUUUUUGGGACACUCCACUAGGUGGUAGUCUUGGGAUAAGCAUCUGGUCCCUGCCUCUCUCACUCUUCCGUGGGGCUGCCCCUCUUGAGUUCCUGGGACUCACAACAAAGAGGGCUGGCUCUUUAGCUGGGAUUGAGCGUCCCCCUUGCACCCCACAUGUCUCCCUUCUGUGUGUCUGCUGUCCUCUGCAGCGGUAGAAGGGCCGAGAAGCCCCCAAGGCCGAGCCUCGCUGUGUGGGCCACGCAGUUCUUCCAAGAAGAAGAUGGAGGACAUCAAGGGUUGGACUCUUUAAAAGUAUUUUGCACACCAGAGAAGAAGUGGCUUUUGUCAGGGCCGAUGAACUGGAGUUCUUGCAGACACUGGGCAUUUUCCAUUCUGCUGCUCCUUUGCCCUUGCCCUUCUUCACGGCAUCUCUGGUUCUGAUUCAGUGUGUGCCCUCCCACUGUUUCCACAACUCCCUUGUGAAGUUGUAGAGUUGGAAGGUGCCCCCAAAGGUCGUCACGCCCGGCCCCCAACCCCCUGCAAUGCAGGAAUUGCAAGGGAAGGAUCCCUGACAUAUGGCCGCCCUUGAUGGUCUAGCAGGGUGACGCUUUGCAGCCUUAGUUUCCCCCUCAGUCAUAUGGACAUAGAAAACGCUGCGCCACCAGCCAGCUGUAGCAGGACAUUUUGCGUUUGAUGCCAGUUUGUGGUGUUAGAUAGGAUCCUGCAUUCCACUGGCUGUGAGUAAGGCACUCGCUGAGGCUGCUUACAGACACCGCAGCUCUUUCUUCUUUUCCUGCUGAAAAUCAAAGGGGCCUUGCUAAAUGUUACCAGGCUUGAGGUCUCCACCAGCAGACGCUUAGCUGCUUGGGUAGGUGAGGAGCAUGAGGGUUAGGGCCCCCUUGCAAGGCAGCCCCCGGGCCAUGAGACGCCCUCUGCCCUGGGAGAUGCAGGGAGAUGAUGCCCCCUCUGUUUCUUUUGGGUGCCGCUUUUAAUGCUUCAAGGGACGCAGGUGGCGCUGUGGUUUAAACCACUGAGCCUCUUGGGCUUGCCAAUUGGAAGGUCGGCGGUUUGAAGCCCCGCGACGGGGUGAGCUCCUGUUGCUCGGUCCCUGCUCCUGCCAACCUAGCAGUUCGAAAGCACGCCAAAAAAAGUGCAAGUAGAUAAAUAGGUACCACUCCGGCGGGAAGGUAAAGGGCGUUUCCGUGCAUUGCUCUAGUUCGCCAGAAGCAGCUUAGUCAUGCUGGCCACAUGACCCAGAAAAACUGUCUGCAGACAAACCCUGGCUCUCUCGGCCCGUAAAGCGAGAUGAGUGCCACAACCCCAGAGUUGUCUGCGACUGGACUUAACUGUCAGGGGUCCUUUACCUUUUUUAAAUGCUUCACAGCUAAGCUGCUCUUCCUUGAAUAAUCAAUGCCUUCUUCGCUGUUACCAAGCUUUUGGUGCCCUUUGUCUUCUGUUGGAUUUGCUUGUUCAUAUUUUAUUUUAAAAAGCAUUUAUAUGCCACUUUUCUUUUUUAAAAACUGUUUAUACAGCUUCAAAUUCUGAAAAUGCAUUUGAAAAGCCAUUCCAGUGUAGCACCGUAAAAGAGUGAUACGUCUUACAUUGACGGCAUCACUGAUCAGUUGCUGUGUUUUGUUUCUGGGAUGACAGGCUAAGGAUUGUUUUCGGAUGCUUUAGGUGGUCUUGCAUUGAGCACGGAAAGGUUUGAGCAUAUAAUAAGCACGGAAAGGUACUCAGCCAGCAUUGCUGGCUGCUUCUGGGCCAAAUUGCAGGGGCUGGUUUAUGCCUAUCAAACCAUUUUUUGGCUUGUAUUGAGAAUAAAUGAUGAAUGAAGCCACAGGAGAUGCCAUGUGGUCUACUGGGUUCUUUGCUGCUUCCCUGAUGCUCCCUUGUUCCUCGCUGUGUGGUUCCAGCUCGAGUGCAACGAUGUGGUCCUCUUCUGGCGGAUUCAGCGCAUGCUGGGCAUCACGGCCAACACCUUGAGGCAGCAGCUGACCAACACGGAAGGUGAGAGGCCUGUGGAGGCUGCCCUGCUGGGCUGCAAGCUCUUCCUUAGUUUGGUGGGAGCCUGGCUUGAUGCUGGCGGUGCCAUUGGCCUCCUGGACUCCGGCUGGGCAGGCAAUUUUGGCCCUCUCCAAAGCCUCCUUUUCCUCCCCAUCAACGUUUUUUGUUUCGGGAAGUUUUUAAAGUUUGUUGUUGUUUUUGUUGUUUGUUUUCCUGUGCAUUUUUCUUGGAAGCUGCCCAGAGUGGCUAGUGCAACCUAGUCAGAUGGGUGGGAUUUAAGAAAUGUCGUUAUUGUUAUUAUUAUCGUUAUCAUUAUUAAAAACAAUACCAAGCGUAAGGUUUGUCAAUACAGUCAAACUGGAUGGGAUCACGAUGGAGACUGAAAGUAAGCAGUGGGAAAAAUUAUAUCAGGUCCACCAUACAGUGGAACCUUGGUUUACAAACUUAAUCCGUUUCGGAAGUCCGUUCUUAAACCAAAGCAUUCUUAAACCAGGGCACGCUUUCUCAUAGCAGCGGGGGACUCAAUUUACAAAUGGAACACACUUGACAGGAAGCGGAACAUAUUCUGCUUCCAAGGCAAAGUUCACAAACCAAAACACCUACUUCCGGGUUUGCAGCGUUCUUAAUCCAAGUUGUUCAUAAACUAAGCUGUUCUUAAACCAAGGUACCAGUGUAUAUUACUUAAAUGAAUCACAAUUUUUUGGAAGCUGUAUUGAAAAACAAAAGCAUAGUCAGUAAGGAGCUGAAAAGGCAUGUGACUCAAAAACUAUACUUUUCCUAAGUUCAUUGGAAGAGAUUGUUGCAGUUGUUCAUUACUGACGUGUAAAAUGAAGUCUCCAGUGCUCCUUUUUGAGUAUCCACUGUCUGUGGCUCAGCUGGUUUGGUCGAGAUCAAAUCCAGGAAGACAGUAGGGGUGGCCCAUGGCGAGCCUUGAGGGAGCGGGGAGAUCCUUAACCCUCGAUCUCUCGUAUUACUCCUGGACUCCCAGCUUGGGUAUCCUUCUGGAGAGGUUGGCACUGGUGAUGCUGUUUUGGCAUCGUUCAGGCAUGGCUUGUCCCUUCCAGCAGGUAUUUCGCGUGAAUGUAAGAUUUGUACAAGCGCUCCCUCUGCUAUUAUCCUCACCCCAACCCCAGAUGUAGAAAUACAAAUGAAUAUAUUUUGAAUUCCCGUUUCCCCCCUGACAGUGAGGCGCCUGGAGAAGAACGUGAAAGAGGUGCUGGAGGAUUUUGCUGAGGACUGCGAGAAGAAGAUGAAGCUGCUCACGGGGAAAAGAGUCCAGCUGGCCGAGGACCUGAGUGAGUCUCUCUCUGGCCCAGGAGCUGCAGUGGCUCCAGCAGCGCGUGGAAAAGGUCCUCUCCUGCUGCAGAAGUUGGGUCCUUUGCUCUGGAAAUUCUGCUUAGGGUUAGAGAUCUGGUUGGUUCUCAUUAGGUGCAUGCUUAAAAAUCCAGAAAGUGCUUGGCCGUCAUUUAAAGCCAGAACCACCUAAUCAAAGCAAGGUUGCCCUGGGGUGCCUGCUCAGGGGAACACCGCCCCACCCCUAUAUUUAUUCAUUUCUCUCUUCCUUUCUAAGUAAGCUGUCCUGUUACAGGCUCAGUGCCUUCUAGCUUCCUGGCCCAUGACACCUCUGAGCCGCCCCAACGGCUGUGACAGUUUUGGCUAGCAAGCUUUAGAGUUGGUUGCCCAGCCAGGGGAAAAAAACACGUGAAGGCAUUUUGUGCAAAGAAAAGUUGCCCUCUGGAUCAGUCAGGGUUUUGCCUCCCUAGCUGUAGGAGUGAAUGCUGUGCCUCUUUCCGUGACGGCAGGAGCAGAUCACAUCUGGAAGGCAUUUUUUGACGUUUCCUUUGUAGCGAGGGGGGGGAGGGGGGAGGCCGUAAUACUUUUCCGCCGACCACGGCACCUCUGGCGAUAAAGGCGCAGGUGAUAACGUUGCCUGUGUGACACACAGCGGCAAUUGGGGAGGUUCUCCCUCGCCCGCCUCCUUGUAAUUUAAUCUCUGGUUGGAAGUAAUUGGAAACAUUUGCUGGCCAGAAAUCGCCUCUCUUGUUUGGGCUUGCCACCAGAUGAUGAUGCUUGAUUGAUUGAUUGAUUGAUUGAUACCCCGCCCAUCUGAAUGGGUUUCCCCAGCCACUCUGGGCGGCUCUCAACAGAAUAUUAUCAUUAAUAAUAAUAAUAAAGCGAUAAAACAUCAGACAUUAAAAACUUCCCUAAACAGGGCUGCCCUCAGAUGUCUUGUAAAUGUCAGAUAGUUGUUUAUUUCUUUGACAUCUGACGGGAGGGCGUUCCACAGGGCGGGCGCCACCACCGAGAAGGCCCUCUGCCUGGUUCCCUGUAACUUGGCUUUUCACAGGGAGGGAACCACCAGAAGGCCCUCAGAGCUGGACCUCUGUUUUUGGGCAGAAUGAUGGGGGUAGAGACGCUCCUUCAGGUAUACUGGACCGGGGCCGUUUAGGGCUUUAAAGGUCAGCACCAACACUUUGAAUUGUGCUCGGAAGUGUACUGGGAGCCAGUGUAGGUCUUUCAGGACUGGUGUUAUGUUGUCUCGGCAGCCGCUCCCAGUCACCAGUCUAGCUGCCACAUUCUGGAUUAGUUGUAGUUUCCAGGUCACCUUCAAAGGGAGCCCCACAUAGAGCGCAUUGCAGUAGUCCAAGCGGGAGAUAACCAGAGCAUGCACCACUCUGGCGAGACAGUCCGUGGGCAGGGAGGGUCUCAUCCUGCGUACCAGAUGGAGCUGGUAGACAGCUGCCCUGGACACAGAACUGACCUGCGCCUCCAUGGACAGCUGCGAGUCCAGAAUGACUCCCAGGCUGCACACCUGGUCCUUCAGGAGCACAGUUACAGUACUGGGAGCCAAUGAAGGUCUUUCAGGAGUGGUGUUAUGUGGUUACCUUAUUCAGGACCAGGGAGUCCCCCCCCCACGCCCGCCCCCGUCCCCCCAAAACAGUAUGUCUGUCUUGUCAGGAUUCAAUCUCAACCCGUUAGUUGCCAUCCAUCCUCCAGGCACUCACACAGAAGUCUUGCUCUGUUGCGGGGAGACGUCAGCGCUGAAUGGCGCUGCGCUUUCCGAGGGGCUUUUUCAUGGUUUGCAUGGCUCUGAGAUGCACUUGGACGGCGUCUUCUGCUGUCGAGAGGCUGCCAUGAGGCAGACAGGUCCUCAGUGCCCAGUUUCAUGUGAGCCUUUUGUUCUGCUCUUUCCUUCGGCCUGUGGAGCCUUCCGUGUUGAGCCGGGCCCCCUCUUCUUAGGGCGCUCAUCCCCCCCCCCCUUACGAUGACGGCUGUUAAAUCCCUGCUAGUGAAGAAAUUCCUCAGAAAAGCAAAGGAGCUCAGACUAUUAAAAAUAAUUUCCAUACCACAGAACUAAUCCAGGUGUUUUAUGGGAGGAUGAAAACUUCAAAUAUGAUUUUUAGUAACUUAAUUAAUAUACCGUGGCCUUCUGGAAUGUCAGUAGUUUCUGUGCUAAUAUUGUUGGGUCAGGAUCAAGUAUGAAGUUUUAUGGUCACAGAACAUCUGGGAAAGGUGGGGGCAAAGACGCUUGCAUGCCAUAAUAUUCACCCAAACAUCCUGGCUUGUCUGUACUACUUACAGCCAGUGAGUUACAUAAGCCUCUGUCCAGGAAUUAGCUUUUAAUGGGUUGGGUCCUGCUCAGUGCUCAUCUAGCCAUGCCUUGGUCCUGCAUAAGACAUUUGCAGGAUGGAGACAGGGGCUUGCUGCCUCCCAGAGAAAUUGGUUCCCGAGGACCAAACUAACCAUGUGCUAAACGCCUGACGGCAUUUGAUUUUUAAAGAGUUAAGCCUCGCCCCCCUACUCCGUUUGUUGUUGUUUAGUCCUUUAGUCGUGUCCAACUCUUCGUGACCCCCUGGACCAGAGCACGCCAGGCACUCCUGUCUUCCACUGCCUCCCGCAGUUUGGUCAAACCCCUACUCCAUAGCGCUGGCUAAAUUUGGUCUCCAAAGCUGCCAUUUGCCCUGGGAGGCUGAAGGAAGCAUCCCUCCAGGGACAGGCCAGGUGGGAAUUUCUUUCCUCCCUGUGUUUCUGUGCUGCCUCAUAACGAAGAUUUCCUGAGGAGGGUUAACCUACCUGUUGCAGUCCCAAUCUAGAUAUUUCUGUCUGUCUCUCUCUCAGUGCAUAUUCUUUUAAAAACCUUUUUUAAAUUUCAGUCAUGCAUGUAAUAUGCCUAGUUGUGGGUUUUUGAGCAGCCUACUCCUGUGUCUCUGUUUUGUUCACUCUCCCUCCAGAAUUAGUUGCCUCUUGGAAAUUAUUCUGGGAAAGGAUCAGAUUUCCCAAGACCUGGAAGUAGCGAGGCUGUUCGCUGCGGUUUCUAAGUCACUCUCAUAUUUCUCUCCCAGUGGCGGAGGGGGCGGGGGCAGCCUAAUUUCUCCAGAGCCUUCCCGAGAGAUGAGUCCGAGAGCCUGUUCACUCAGGACUUGAGCAGGAUGCGGCUCAGAGCCCUGGUGGCAACUGGUUGAAAAGUCUCAAUGUGCAGAAUCUUGCCCAGCUUCAGUGGGGAUUUUGCGAUGCCAGGCAAACCUUUCAGCUCCUUUUUGUGUUUGCUUGAGCCCAGAACGUUGGGUCAGGUGCGACUCUGCAGUCUUGUCGUCAUUCCUGCUCCGGGAGAGGCAGAGACCCUUCGUGAAAUGCCUCAGAAGGAGCAGUGCCUUUUCCCUGCUUCAGGGGGCAGCAGGUGGCUGCCUUUCGGAGGAUCCCCAUGAAAGAGGGAGGCGGGUUUGCUGGCAUGCUGACCUCCUGCCUCUGUUUACCCUCCUUUGUCACUUGCGGUGGCAGCAGCAUCUCCCAGGCAGCAGCGGCUGCCCCCAGAGACAGGUUGUGCAUUUCCAAUUUCUUUCUCUGGGGCUUGCCUGGGCUUGCCACCGCCUUCCCCGGCUUCUCUGGAGGAAGCCCUUCCUCGCAGCUGCAUCGCAUGCCCAGGCUUUCCUCCUGGAGGGGGAGGACACAGCAAGCGCCUUGCCUUCACAGCCGUUGCCAAGCUGCCAAAUCUUCUGGCCUUUUGGGGAGGCUGUCGAGAAAGUUUGGGCUGCUUUCCCUUGGACCAGUUUUUCCCUCGAUCCUUUCGGAGGGUUGAGGUGUGCUUCCCCCCACCCCAAAAAAAAUUUUAGCUGUUGUAAUUUGAGCAGCAGUUUUAGGGUUAAACAAUAUUUCUUGAUCAUUUUCUGGAAUAACAUCAUUCGGAUAAUCAAGUGGGAAUAUUUUAGGUUCAAAGCGUAUAGGAUAUCCAAACACAGUGUUGCCAGAUUAGCUAAGUACUGCAGACGGCCUGUUUUUCAGUAGCCAAGCCAUGGGCCUCAUACUUUUGGAAAAAAAUUAUAUCUCUGUGUUAGUUUUUGUUAUGUGAAGGAUGCCGCAGACCCGGGGGGGGGGGGGGCAGACCACCAAUUGGGAGCCUUUGUCCUACGGUGUCAGAGCUAUUGGCCUCUCGCUGAGCUAUUUCAAGAAAGCAUUGAUAGCAGAGUCUGUCAUAGUCUAGCUCCUUUGGUUUCCUCUCAUUCCGCUCAACUCUGCUUUCUCCCAGUAGCCACAAAUUUUGUAUUGGAAGUGGUGAUGGUUUGGGAGAGUGUUUAUCUGCCGAUGCCGUGAAGAGGAAGUGGUCUUCCUAAAUAUGCAGAAUCUGUUUUCGAUCAAGGGACUGUUCUAGCUUCCUGAUUUUCUUAAUCCUGGCUAUGUGGAACGGCCUGUGCUUGAUGGGGAGGGAGGGCAGGAGAGGGAAAUCUUGUCAGGAAAGCUGAGACGUGCCGGCGAGGGGGUGUCCAGGCCCCCCCCCCCCGGCAUUGUCAGUCCAUGAAAUGCUGGCACCUGGGCAGGUGUCGCAGGCGAGUUGAGACUUUCUUCUGCACAAAGGCCCCUUCCCACGGAGAGAGGCCUGGCCACACACAGGCAGGCAGGCGGGGGCUGCUAGCAGGAGCUCUUCCUUUGCGCUCGGACACAGCCCUUGAGAUGGUUCUGGGAGGCUGCUCUUAGCUGGCUGCUCAGGAAGCCUCUUGCCAUGCAGACAUCACCCCAGAGGAAGCUGCCUCAUACUGACUCAGAAUAAUAAUGAUGAUAAUAAUAAUUAAUUAUUAUUUAUACCCCAUCCCUCUGGCUGGGUUUUCCCAGCCACUCUGGGCAGCUCCCAACACAAUAAAACAUCAGACAUUAAAAACCUCCCUAUACAGGGCUGCCUUCAGUUGUAUUUUAAAAGUCAGAUAGUUGUUUAUUUCCUUGACAUCUAAUGGGAGGGAGUUCCACAGGGCGGGCGCCACCACUGAGAAGGCCCUCUGCCUGCUUCCCUGUAAGCUCACUUCUCACAGUGAGGGAACCGCCAGAAGGCCCUUGGAGCUGGACCUCAGUGUCCGGGCAGAAGGAUGGGGGUGGAGACGCUCCUUCAGGUAUACUGGACCGAGGCCGUUUAGGGCUUUCAAGGUCAGCACCAACAUUUUGAAUUGUGCUCAGAAACGUACUAGGAGCCAAUGUAGGUCUUCCAGGACUGGUGUUAUGUGGUCUCGGCAGCCACUCCCAGUCACCAGUCUGGCUGCCACAUUCUGGAUUAGUUGUGGUUUCCGGGUCACCUUCAAAGGUAGCCCCACAUAGAGCGCAUUGCAGUAGUCCAAGCGGGAGAUAACCAGAGCAUGCAAGACAGUCUGCAGGCAGGUAGGGUCUCAGCCUGCGUACCAGGUGGAGCUGGUAGACAGCUGCCCUGGACGCAGAACUGACCUGCGCCUCCAUGGACAGCUGCGAGUCCAGAAUGACUCCCAGGCUGCACACCUGGUCCUUCAGGGGCACAGUUACAGUACUGGGAGCCAAUGAAGGUCUUUCAGGACCGGUGUUACGUGGUCUCAGCGACAGCUCUCAGUUCCCAGCCGCAUUCUAAGAGUAUGUCCAGCUCAGGAUGGCAGCAUGGCUCCCGAAGGUGUCAAGAAGGGGUCGGGUCUCUCCUAGGAAACCAGCGGGGGCUGGGGCUGGCGGCUUUGGAGUAUUGAGUGGCAGAGAGCCAAGCUCACUGAUGAAGCUGACCCCCUUCACAGGAUUAUUGGGAAGAGAAAGGGUCUGGAAGGAAACCCCAGGUGCUCUGGACGGUGUCUUGGGAGUCCUGUCUUUGUUCCUGCCCUGAAAGGUGGCGGCAGCAAAGAGAGAUUCAGAGAUGCAGGUGUUUCUCAGGGUCCGUUCCCAACCUGCCUAUUUAUUUACGGUGCAAAGCAGAGUUCCUUUUGCGCUUCCUUCAUUGCAGGGGGUUGGCACAGCCCUUGGGGUCCCUCCCAACUGCAGUUCUGUGAUUCUCCUUCAUGCCCCUGCCCAGGACUCCUUGCUUCUGUCUUUCCUCAAGGUCCCUAGGGAGGCUUCCAUGAUGCCAAGGUGAUGUUGGGGGUGGUGUUGACAUAGGUGCACGCAGGUUCCUGGGUUAAAUCAGCCUUCUUCCACUGGGUGCUCUCCCAAUUGCACUACAGCAGCAGCCUGCGCAACUUUGGGAUGGGAGUUGUAGUCUGAAGCACCCAGCUGGCGCCAAGGGGGGGGGGGGAGCUGCAUUGAAACUGAGUGGGGGCUGGUUUCCCAGCUGCAGGUUGGAGAGCCCCCCUGUGCCCGCCCCUGUGCUGCCUUGGCUGGCGGCUGCCCUGCUCUGUUCUGCUUCUGCAAUUCAGGGGUUCCCAGGAAGGCAGCAACUGGCCUCCUUGCGCACUGCUGACAAUGCGCCCUUUGAGCGUGCUCCUCGCCGGCCGCGCACGCUUCCUCCGACUUCCUUUGCCUCUCCUGCGAGCUUUCCCUUUUAAUCCUGCGCAACGGCCUCCGCUGCCGUGAUUCAUGGGGCGACUCUCCCUGAACUGCUAUAAAUCCCGCUCCAGCGCCUUCCGCUCGGCAGCCCUUUGUCUGGCGCUUUCGUGGCGCUAAUGAGCUAAUUGUUUAACAAUCUCCCCGGAUUCAUUUGCCUGCCUCUGCCUCUUUGGGAAGCCGGGGCUGCCGGGGACCUUUUGACAAGCCAAUCUUUCUCCCCGCUUGACAGCGGGGCGAGGGGAACAGCGCCGGCCUUUGUAGGCGGGCGAAGAAAGGAGGCCCUUUCCAUCCGCCGGCCGUGCUGCUUCCGUCUUGACCCCCUUUCUCUGCGGGGAACACAAAUGCGGCAGACAAGCGGAACCUCCCCUGUGUUUUCUUGACCCGCUGGCUGUCCAUUCACUUCCCAUCUGGUUUUGCAGCCUUAAAGAAACAGAGGGGGGGCCCUCUUAUUAUAAAUCUGUCUCCGCAAGUGAUCGAUGGAGAUCUGUCUCUUUAAGGGCAGCCUGGGUGGCUUUCUCUUUAAAGUUCUGCUUUUUCCUGCCGGUCGGUCGGCUCGGUAUGUGAGCAAGAGGAAACUGGUUCAAAAAUGCGAGGCAUUAAUGUAAAGUGGUUUUUGAAAAAAGGAAGGGGGUGGGAAAUGAAGUAGGGCACGACCCGAGCUCAGAUCACCCGGUUCAGGCAGCCUUCAGUCUCUCUGUGCGGCUGCACAAAGGCAUGCGAGGACCGUUCUGGGCGCCUCGCCCCGAAAGGGAUAUUGUAGGGUUGGAAAGGUUCAGAAAAGAGCAACCGAAAAGAUCCAGAGACACUCCUGCAAAGAAAGGUUGCAGCAUUUGGGACUUUUCGGUUGAGAGAAAGGCAGGGAGCAUGUGACAUGAUGGAAGUUUGCAAAUUUGCACGUGGCAUAGAGAAAGUGGAGAGAGAAGUGUUUUCCUCCCUCUCGCCUCACACUAGAACUUGUGCACCUGUAACUAAGCUGUCAGACGGCAGUGGUGGUUGCUCGUGAGUAAUCAGACGGGACUCAGACCUGUCUUCUACAGGUUUUAUUUUGAUGCAAAACUAUUCACAGUGCAGAGCCACAAGUUCAUGUCUGUCUCAAUCGCUAGCAGAAUCUGGCAGUGGUCGUUUCCAGGACCUCCCCCAACAUAAGAGCUUCGUCACCCCCAGCCUUUCCCUUCCUUCUUUGCAUUUUACACCUCUGUGCAAGGUGGGUGACGGAAGGAGCGUGCUUCCCGAAGGAGCGUGCUUCCCUCCUGACCGGCUUGGCCAGGAGCGGUGCUGAGUCUCCCAGCAGCAUCCUCUGGUCCUUUCCCCUCUUCCCCACUGGAGGUGUGGCUUUCCUCACCACAGGAAGAGGAACUGCUUUGCAAGAUUUUCGGAGGUUUCCUGUAACCCAACUGCCCCUCUGCUUCCCUUCCCUGUUUCGAUGGCAGUCCCCUGACAUAAGCUGAAAAUUGAAAGAUUCCAGAUGGAUAAGGACAGUCCUCCUUCACUCUACACAGAGUUAAACUAUGGAACUCCCUCCCACAGGAGGCGUGAAGGGCACCUGCUCGGGUGGUGCUUGUGGAUGAUGCCAUGAUCUUUGGCUAGUUCAGUGAAGUUUAUGAUGAUGGUGAUCUACCCAGAUGGCUUUCAAAGAGGGUGAGACAAAUUCGUGGAGGAGGAGAGGGCUAUUGAUGGCGCCUCGCCAGGAUGGCUCCGCCUCCACGGUCAGAGGGAGAGAUGCUUCUGAGUGCCAGUUUCUGCCAACCACAGCAAGGAAGGUCCGCUCUUGGGCAUGAAUCCUGCUUGCUGGGCACCUGGUGGGCCAAUAUGAGAACAGGGUGCUGGGCUUGGUGGGCCCCCUUUGGCCUCAUCCGGCAGCCUCUUUGUAUGAUACGUUCUUGCGUGAUGCCAUCAUGGAUGGCACUGUCUGGCAGCCCUCUGCUCAGUCCCUUGCCCACUUCCCCAGCUGGGGGGGCGGGAUCUGAAACAGGCAAAGCAAAGGGCAGCACUGCAGAAGUUGGGCGUUGAAGUGGCUCUAAGAACGGGGGUGCUGGGAGGUGGGUUUUUCUUUAUUUUUCCAGCCCUCGCUCUAUCCUGUUCCAUCCUGUGCCCACAGUUACCGGCAACCGUCCCUCUCCCUCCCCACUCUGUUUUCUGUGUUCACGGUGUGUAUUCAGAGCGUAAUUACAGAUCAAUUAGUCUGUUUUUGAGCCCCUUUGGAGCCGGUAUCAGAGGAUUAAUGCAAAGAAAAUGAGAGGGGCUGUGGGUGUCGUUUCAUGUGCAGAUAAAGAGCCCCGCCAGGAUGAAUGGCUCUCUUGAGGCCUCUGAAUAGAGGAUUUCUUCAUUCUGUGUCAGCCGGGGGUUUAUGGGAGAUUGGGAGAGGGGAUUAUGGGAAUAUUCAUGACCCAGAUCAGGGACCCCGGGAUGAAUUGGUGGAGGGAAACGGCUCAUCUUUUGAGCAAACACGAAGUAAAUGGGGAGGAGAACGGCCAUUCACUGGGACCUGCGUCACUGUUGCAAAGCUGCAGGCGGGGUGGCCGGCCCGGGGGCCGCUGUUUAACAGGUGUCACAAGAACCAGGCUCUCCGUAUCUCUCGCUCGGUGCCGAAAGCUCUCAAAGGGGACGUUGUUUGUGCAGGAGCCAUCGGAGCAGCUUUGGGGCGGAGAGGUCGGGAGGAAGCAAGGCAGCGAGAGGGUGCUGAGCCCUGAGAGUUCGGGGAGGAAACAGGAGAAGGUUUGGGGUGGGAAAGUUCAUGGAAUCUGUAGAGUUGGAAGGGACCCCAGGGUCAUCCAGCCCAGCCCCUGCAGUUGAAGCCACGGGUUCAGGUCCUCCUCUCUGGAGCAGCAGAAAGCAAACUUGCUCCACUACAUGGAAGGACUCGAACCCGUGGCUUCAAGUUGCAAGAAAGGAGAUUCUGCCUAACACCAGAACUUUCUGGCCAUCAGAGCUCUUUGGCAGAGGAAUGGUCUCCCUCUGGAGAUGGCGGGCUCUCCUUCCUCGGAGGUUUUCAAGCAGAGGUUGGGUGGCCAUCUGUCAGGGAUGCUCAAGCUGAGAUUCCUGCCUCGCAAGGGGUUGGGCUAGAUGAGCCUUGGGGGUCCCUUCCAGCUCUACAGUUCUGUGGCUCUGUGAUCUUCCAUGAGACAGCCGUUCAGCAACAGAGGACGGCAUAAUGUUCUAGAAAGUGGGCAGAGCCUCAGAGGGAGAAGGUUUCCUGGCGACCAUGUGGCAGGCCGGACUCUGCGGAUACAGGACACCAGCCACGCACGUCUUCUAGAGCAGCCUUUCUCCACCUGUGGGUCCCCAGAUGUUGUUGAACUACAACUCCCAUCACCCCUAGCUAGCAAGGCCAGAGCUCAGGGAUGAUGGGAGUUGUAGUCCAAUAACAUCUGGGGACCCUCAGGUUGAGAACCGCUGCUCUAGAGUUUGCUCUGGCUUCUUUCUGCCUUCUAGGCCUCAUUUUUACUUUUGCCCCGUAAAGUGGCUACACAGACCUCUGAAAGAGCACGCUCUUCUCUUCCUAGGACCCUCCAUGCGCCACGCUCCCAUGAAGAGGGUUGCUCUCUCACCUGCCAUGUAACUCAGGGACGGCUUUUCUUUUCUGGAGACACCCCCAAGUCCAAGCCGGUGGUGCAGGCUGGGCGCCUGGGGGCUGGUCUGCUUGGGCAGAGAUUGGGCUGCCCUUUUGCCUCUUCUGCCCUUCCUCAAGCUUUGGGUGGCUCCUUGCUUUGAGUUUUCUGCCUCUUCAGCCGUGGGCCAGUGGCAGGAAGGGUGGUUUCGGGUCAGCUUUGCCACCAAUUGCGCCUUUUGUUGACAGGUAAAUAGAUAAGCCUAUAGACAGAUAAGUGGCUGUAGCUGCUGCUCCUGCAACUGCUGGGCAGACUGCCAGAUAAACUCUGACCUUUUAAAGAAAAAAAUGGUUGUGGGUGGGUGAGCAAAACAGGCCAAAGUCUGGAUUACAACUUUUGCAAAAGCAUCUUUAAAUUCAGGGCACUUCUCUUAGCCUGUCUUGCUUUGAUUUGGUUUGGCUAGUUUGAACACUGCCAUCUCUUUUGAAAGGCUGGACCUCUGAAUUGUGGUUUUUAUUUUGUCUUCUGGAAUAUUUUAUGAGAUGGCCAAGGGGUAACUUUCCAAAUGCUAUUUAAUCCUGCUUUGCUGAAGCAAAGUGAGCUGCGUGAGAUCUAGGAAGCAGCCUUAUUUGGAGGAACCACACUGUGGCUCCUAAAUCAGCCCCUGAAAAGAACAAACCAUUCAGAAGCUUCUGCAUCCGCAGUUAUUCAAUCUUUUACAUUUAUAUGUCCCUCCACCCUUUCCUCUGAAGAGCUCGUGGUAAUGUAAGCGGCUGCACUCAGAACUUUCACAACUUCUAAACCUGAAAUUAUUUCUCAGCAAAAACACAGGCCAUAUUUUAAUUUUUAGGAAGUUUUGCCAAGGCUGGCCAACCAGUUAAUUCUGAGGCACACCUUUAUGCUAGAUUAGUCUACAAUAAAAGGUGAACAUUUAAUUAAUGCAGUUUAACUAUGACAUGUUAAUACAUUAUUAUUACAUUAUUAAUACAUCAAUGCAGGCCUUAGUCUGACUGCUGGCACCCUCUCCGCUUCAGAAGAGGCUCCUGGCUGCGGACGAGGCAGGUCUUGUUGAAGCCUCCGAGGCACCUGUGGGGCAGGGAAGGGAUGGGAUGGGGGCCCAGCCCCGCAGCCUUCCUCAGGGAGGCCAGGCCUGUUUCCACUUGGGAGAGGAGGCAUCUGUGCCUGGAGACAUCCGUCCUGACAGCAGCAUCUUAACUUUUCCAGAAAAGGUUCGGGAGAUCCAGGAGAAACUUGAAGUCUUCAUUGAAGCCCUCCAUCAAGAAGAGAAGUAG